AUGAGCCUCGCGGAGAGCCGAGCCCCCCGGAAAACGGCGGGAAACCGCAUGUCCGGCCUGCUCAGCGCGGAGGAAGAGGACGACUUCUACAAAACCACGUACGGCGGGUUCAACGAGGUGAGAGCGCCACUCCCAUCACUCCCAGCCAGCCAGCUCCCUAUCACUGCCAGCCAACCCCAUCACUCCCAGCCAGCCAGGGUGUGCUGACUGUGAUAGGAGAUAUGGAGUGACAGCGAGUCCAGCUUUAAUUAUUAUCAUUGUUAUUAUUAUCAUUAUUAUUAUUACUGCCGCCAUUUAUAAAGAGCCCCCAUGCAGAGAGUAGGCCCAUGAGCUUACAAUCUAAAGUAAACAUGUCAAAGUCCAGCAAGGUCCAAAUAAACAAGGUUUAACUUUACCUGCGCCGCAAAAGAAAAAACCCACGUACAUUUUCCCUGCCUCUACUAAUCCCCAGCCCCCGUCUACUAAAUCGUAGUCCCCCAUAUCUACUGUAUCCCUGCCUCUGUUUAAAAAAACAACAAAAAACUGCCAACAAGCCGUGUCCAGAGUCCUGCCGCUGGCAUACCCCCAAUGGCCCCAUCCGCACCUUAAAAAAAGCGGAUCCUCCCGUUAUUUCUUGAAACCCACACAGUCACAUCAUACACCUAUACAGACAGCCAUACACACACACAUACAGACAGCCAUACACACACACCGACAUCCAUACACACACACAUACAGACAGCCAUACACACACACCGACAUCCAUACACACACACAUACAGACAGCCAUACACACACACCGACAUCCAUACACCUAUACAGACAGCCAUACACACACACAUACAGACAGCCAUUCACCUAUACAUACAGACAGCCAUUCACCUAUACAUACAGACAGCCAUACACACACACCGACAUCCAUACACCUAUACAGACAGCCAUUCACCUAUACAUACAGACAGCCAUACACACACACCGACAUCCAUACACCUAUACAGACAGCCAUUCACCUAUACAUACAGACAGCCAUACACACACACCGACAUCCAUACACCUAUACAGACAGCCAUUCACCUAUACAUACAAACAGCCAUACACACACACCGACAUCCAUACACCUAUACAGACAGCCAUUCACCUAUACAUACAGACAGCCAUACACACACACCGACAUCCAUACACCUAUACAGACAGCCAUUCACCUAUACAUACAGACAGCCAUACACACACACCGACAUCCAUACACCUAUACAGACAGCCAUUCACCUAUACAUACAGACAGCCAUACACACACACCGACAUCCACACACCGACAUCCAUUCACCUAUACAUACAGACAGCCAUACACACACCAACAUCCACACACCUAUACAGACAGCCAUACACCUAUACACACAGCUAUACACACACACACAUACUGGGUUGGUUUCUUAUCUGGGGUCUAGUGGGGCUGCUGGACAGGCAGGGGGGCAGACAGGCAGUGAGGGAGCACUGAGUGUAAUCUCCCCCUGCUCAGCUCCUUCGCGUGCCGCAGUGACGUCAUAUUCCGGCUCCCGACAUCACUGCGGGGAGCUGAGCAGGGAGAGCUUACACUCAGCGCUCCCUCGCCGUGGGCUGCAUAAAUAUUAGUUGUGGGCCGCAAGUUUGACAUGGCUGGUCUAAAGGAUAUACAGCCCUUGGGGGGCCGCACGCAGUCCAAUCUCCAUGAGAAACCUGUGACGACUGAUUGCCAACUUGAAGCGCAUGCGCGUAUGAUCUGGGCGGACGAGGGAGUGGGGGAAGUGGACAGAGGGGAAAUAAAGACUUCGAGCAGUGGAGGGAUGUGGGAGAUCUAGCUUACACUUGCAGGCGCUCUGCCUACAAAGAGAAGAUUUUUAUUGUGUCGGGAGCGUGCAGUGCGCGCUGAUGACAGAUGUUACAUAUGCACAUAAUUGACAUUAGACAACCUGGAACGAAGGCUGACAAUAUCGUGUGCUGCAGGUGCAACUAGCCCCCAGCAAACAAUCUUAAAAUAUCUCUGUAUGUGCAGUGUUUCAAGCAGAAACACUGCACAUAUAUAUACCGUUACCACCUUGAUCUCUUCAAAUCACUGAAGUGGUCAUGGUGGUUAGAGUAACCCUUUAAUACAUUGUGCUUAAAGGGGCUCUGUAGACACCCAGACCAAUUUAGUUCAUUUUUAUAAACUGCAAUAAUUACCUUGCAGGGUUAAGUCCUCCUCUAGCGGCUGUUUUCUUGGCACUAUAGUUUCCCUUUAAGGGGUAUCUCAUAGGGAUCGGCUGAUAAUGAUUUUUUAGAGCCGAUACCGAUAAUCUGUUAACUUUCAGGCCGAUAGCCGAUAACUUGCUGAUAUUCUGUACAUUUUGAAAAAAUAAACUAUUUCUAAAGGUAAAUGCACAAUAUAUAGAUGCCAGAUGUAGUGGAUGCAGUGUGUAUUUGUGUAGUGUGUGUAUAUAAUUAAUGUAGUGAGUGUGUAGUGUGUGUAUAAUGAAUGCAGAGUGUGUGUGUGUGUGUUUAUGUAGUGUGCGUAAAGUGAAUGUAGUGUGUGUAUAUAAUGCAGAGUGUGCGUAGUGAGUGUAUAUAAAAGGCAGUGUGUUUGUGUAGUGUGUGUAUAUAAAAUGCAGUAUGUUUGUGUAGUGUGUGUAUAUAAUGCAGAGUGUGCGUAGUGAGUGUAUAUAAAAUGCAGUGUGUUUGUGUAGUGUGUGUAUAUAAAAUGCAGUGUGUUUGUGUGGUGUGUAUAUAAUGCAGAGUGUGUGUAUAAUGCAGUGUUUGUGUAGUGUGUGUAUAUAAUGCAGUGUUUGUGUAGUGUGUGCAUCUGAAGGGAUGCAAUUUGUGUAAAAUGGGGGGGCAUUUUUUAUUUUAAUUUUUAAUAUUUGUUUUAUUUUUAAUAAUUAUAUGUAUUAUUUUAUUUAUUUUUUGUCCCCCCUCCCUGCUUGUUAUCUGGCCAGGGAGGGGGGCUAUUGCAAUCCCUGGUGGUCCAGUAAUGUAAGUUUAACUUCUGACUUGCAACCUGCAGUGGAUUAUUGUUCCCAAGAUGCUGAGCCAGCCAUUUGUUCCUGCAGUGCUCAGUGGCUGAGCGUUGCUAGAAUUUUAAGCCACUAUAGCUGGACAGCAGGAUGGGUGGCUGUCACUGGUCAAUUAACAUACUAAAAUGACAUCAUGAUAAAAAUUAAAUAAAUUGCAAUAUUAGUGAUUUUUUUUUCCAUUAUACUUACAAUUAUGUAGCAGCUUAUCUUUAUUUUAUUAUAGUUACUUUAGUUUGUUCUAUAAAAUUGCACAAUAUUCUGUAGUUUUUGUACUGAAGUGAAACAAAUGGUUUAUUCACUAAACAGUGACUUGCUUUGAAUUGUAAAAUGAGUACACUGUAAUGUAUAUGUAUUACUAUUUAUCAUGCUAAACAAAUUUGCGUUUAUAAUGUACAGUAACUAGGGGUUUUCUGUUUAUUGUAAGAUGUACUUAUUGUGCAGAGAGGAUUAGUCCUGAUUGUGGCACUCGCUACCAUGCUGCUGAGUAGUGUAAUUCUGUGUGUCCUGUACUGGUGUCUGAUAAGAGAUUAUGCUGGUACAGAACAACUAGACUGCUCACAGAUCCUGUACAUUGAGUGAUUAACACUGACGUGGUGUGGACAUUUUAAUAGCUCCUUCUGCUCCCAGUGUAAAUCUUGCGGUCUAUGUGCCGCGCGGACGGCCACGGGACUCGCGAGAUUUACACUGGGAGCAGAAGGAGCUGCUGGGGAGGUAAGUAACAGCUUGCUCUGUCCCCCCCCAGGACCGCCGGGCUUGUAAUGGGCUCGGCGGUCCUGGGUGGUAUUAUCGGCAAUAUCGGUAUCUAUAUUGGCCGAUACCGAUAUUGCCGAAAAUACAGAAUAUCGGCCGAUAAUAUCGGUAAAACCGAUAAUCGGUCGUUCCCUAGUAUCUCAGGCAUCUAUGGCUCUAAAAAUGUAAGUUAGAAGACAGCUCCAUUUCAUAAAAGCACUUAGCACAGAGGUAAGGUAUUCAGGAAGUGAUAAUUGACAAGUAUUCAAAAUAAAUGACCAAAUUUAGGCCAAAAUGUUGAGUUGAUGUCAGUUUGUGUAUUUUGACCUCCAAGGGUCACUCCAGGCACCAUGACUGUUUAAGUGAUUUAAAGUGUUUGUGGUGCUUGGAAUCUUAAGUACAGUGUUUCACAUACAGAGAUAUCUAAUGAUGCUGCAAGAGGUAUACCUUCACCCUUGGCAGUGUCAUUAGUACAUCAUCAGCCAGUCCGAAACAAGAGUUGCUGGCUUGCCAUUCAUUAGUUGAAAGCACCCAUCUGAUUCUAACAGUCGAUGAAUGACCGGUGGGAUUGGCAUCUAGUUUCUGCAGAAACAAAUGUGCAUCACUGACUUUACUGGUGGUGCAAUAGGGAAGCCAAGCCAUUGCAAAUUGGUUUGCCCCAGUAUCGGGGAACAGCUCAAGGGUACUCAUAGCAUCAUAGCCACUACUUUUUAUGAAUUAGAAAGGAGCAUGAUUCUGUCUUUUGUCCGCUGUUUGUUCAGUAUCUUUCAAUUGAUGUAGAUAGGUUCAUGCUUUAAAGGAACACUCCCACAACUUAAAGGACCACUAUAGUGCCCUGAGGGUGCCCCCACCCACAGGGUCCCCCUCCCACCGGGCUGGAUGGAGAAGAAAGGGGUUAAACGUACCUUUUUUUUUCCAGCGCCAGGCGGGGAGCUCUCCACCUCUGAUCCUCCUCUUCAGCUGAAUGGUCCUCUUCAGCUGAAUGCGCAUGCGCGCGCAUUCAGCCAGUCUCAUAGGAAAGCAUUCAUAAUGCUUUCCUAUGGACGCUGGCGUCUUCUCACUGUGAUUUUCACAGUGAGAAGCACGCAAACACCUCUAGUAGCUGUCAAUGAGACAGGCUUUAGAGGCUGGAUUAACCCAUUUAUAAACAUAGCAGUUUCUCUGAAACUGCUAUGUUUAUUAAAAAAAAAAAAAGGGGGGGGGGUUAAUCCUAGAGGGACCUGGCACCCAGACCACUUCAUUAAGCUGAAGUGGUCUGGGUGCCUAGAGUGGUCCUUUAAGUUCAUUCAAAUUGUUAUAGGGUUAGGAGUGUCUGGACACCUUAUUACCUUCAGGAGUGUACUAGUUUUGUCAGUGUGCACCCACUUAUAGGCUGCCAGCACCCCUACGUAACGAUUUAAGGGGGUAUAUUAAGCUUGUGUUGUUAUUGGGUUGCCUUUAACUGGAUUCAUGCGUGUAGACUUGUCGACCUGCUUUUUGAAUAUUUAAUUGAUUUGAUACGGUCAUGGUUCUUUGAGUCUGUAUGUGCAGUGGUUUAGUUUGAAACCCUGCACACACUAAUGUUCUCAGUAAUGAAUGACUGGUAGGAUAGGCAUCCGACUUCAGCUGAAACAAGAUGAUCUUUACCAUCAUUGCAUACAACCUUUUGUAUACCCCAUUACUGGGAAACUGUAUAAGCUGUAGUGGUUAUGGCACUUUGAGUAACCCUUUAAAGGAACACUAUAGGAUCAGGAACACAAACAUAUAUUCCUGACCUUAAAGUGUUAAAACCACCAUCUAGCCCUGCUGGCCCCUCCUUGCCUCCCUAAAUAUAGUAAAAUCUUACUUUUAUUCAAGUCUGCAGCUGCUGCUUCUUCCCCUGAUCUGCCUGCCUAGCUUACAUUAUCAGAAGUGAUUCUCUGAGCCAAUCACAGUGCUGUCCCAUAGGUUUGGCUGGGACUGUCAAGGAGGCACAUCAGGGGCAAAGCUAAACACAGCCCUGGCCAAUCAGCAUCUCCACAUAUAGAUGAAUUGGAUCAAUGCAUCUCCAUGAGGAAAGUUCAGUGUCUGCAUGCAGAGGGUGGAGACACAGUAUGCAGCACUGCCCCAGGAAGCACCUCUAGCAGCCAACUGGGGAGUGGCCAGUGAAGUUAUACCUAGGCUGUAAUGUAAACACUGCAUUUUCUCUGUAAAGACAGUGUUUACUGCAAAAGGCCUGAAGGUAAUGAUUAUACUCACCAGAACAAAUACAAUAAGCUGUAGUUGUUCUGGUGACUAUAGUGUCCCUUUAAGGAUGGAACAAGUGUGAUAAAGUGAGAUCCCAGGGAUCAGGCCUUGUUGUGUGUUAGUGAGGACACUUGAUCUUAAGUCUUUGUUGAAGGAGGGUCAGUAGACCAUAAUAAGUACAAAUACUUCCCUAAGACUACUCAGAUUGUUUUUUUUUUUUGUGUGUGUGUGACACAUUUCCUUUACAUACAGUGCUUACGCUGCAGCCAGGAAUUCUGGGAAGAGACUCGCAAAUAAUUUUGUUGGUAAAUCAGUCAUCGGUGCAUUGUUUAUGUAUGUGUGUGUGUGUAUGUAUAUGUGUAUGUAUGUAUGUAUAUAUAUAUAUAUAUAUAUACAUAUAUAUAUAUAUAUAAUGGCUAUUUAUUAACUAAAACAGACACCCUCUAAAAUGAUCAAUGUAUGUUUUUCUGGUGACCAGGAAUCAGGUGAUGAUGAAUACAAUGAAGAUCGCUCUGCCAGUGAGGACGAGGUGGAUUCAGAUUUUGAUAUUGAUGAAGGAGAUGAACCGACCAGUGACCAUGAAGAAGACGAGCCUAAGAGAAAGCGGAGAGUGGUGACUAAAGCUUACAAGGUGAGACCUCAUCGACUGCGUUACCCUACUGGUUUAUCCAGGAUAAAGAAAUAGCUGUUUUAUUCAUUUCACCACAUCACAUACUUUAAGAUCUCCAGAUUCUAAAGCGGGGUCUUAGAAUUUUGUUAAAGUGACAUGGCAGCUUUUAUAUGGUCACUGGAUGGGAGGUACUCUUAAAUGAACCUCCCUGUUGAUAGAUCUCAGCAGUAAUUGGUUGAUGUAGUAUUGCAUUAUUUUUCUCCACACCAAGUCUUACUAACUUGACUAUAAUAAAUCAGUGUCUUAUACCCUUGAACAAUGAUCCUUGCUCUGUUAUAGAAGGACUUCUGAUUGUCAAGCACAUGCCAAGAUGUAAUUUAUGUUAAAGGAUUAGGGCAGACGUAUAAGUGCAUUUGUAGGAGUGAGAUUCUCCAUUGGGGUAGAUAAUUAAAGCUUGGAUAGGUAACUGCUAGAGAGCUGGCAUGGGGAAGGCUAAACUCAAUAACAAAGCUUCUCAGUUUUAGCCACCAAUCCUCCAAGCGAGGUAACAAAAGGUAUGUCUGGUUCAGCUGUGCACUGUGGCCUAAAAAAUAGCCAGAAUGUUCAUUACUUUAGACAGGCUUAUAUCACCAUCGCAGUUUCUAUUUUUGAAGACUGUGAUUAACCUAACAUUAAAGGACCACUAUAGUGCCAGGAAAACAUACUCGUUUUCCUGGCACUAUAGUGCCCUGAGGGUGCCCCCACCCUCAGGGACCCCCUCCCGCCCGGCUCUGGAAGGGGAAAGGGGUAAAAACUUACCUUUUUCCAGCGCUGGGCGGAGAGCUCUCCUCCUCCGAUCCUCCUUCUCUCCUCCCCGUCGGCUGAAUGCGCACGCGCGGCAAGAGCUGCGCGCAUUCAGCCAGUCACAUAGGAAAGCAUUCAUAAUGCUUUCCUAUGGACGCUGGCGUGCUCUCACUGUGAAAAUCACAGUGAGAAGCACGCAAGCGCCUCUAGUGGCUGUCAAUGAGACAGCCACUAGAGGAUUAGGGGGAAAGCUUAACCCAUUCAUAAUUAUAGCAGUUUCUCUGAAACUGCUAUAAUUAUGAAAAAAUGGGUUAACCCUAGAAGGACCUGGCACCCAGACCACUUCAUUAAGCUGAAGUGGUCUGGGUGCCUAGAGUGGUCCUUUAAGUAUUGUUAACGGUUCUGGCUAAAAAUAAAUGGAGACCAUCCAUGUUAGUAAUUGAACAUUUUACUAUUCAUAGGUCUCAAGUUUUUCUCAUCCCAUCUGUGCAAACUAAAUUUCUGAAAAUGGCAUUAUAAUUGCUGUGACUGUAUAUCCUAAAUGUUAAGAUCAGUGAGUCAUUUAAUCCUCCAUAAGAAUUUGGUCAUGUUUGGAAAUUACACUUAUUUUAUAUGUAUAUUAACCAUUUUUGGCUUUUUUUUUUUCUUUUUUUUUUACCCAUAGGAACCAAUUCAGCUCCUUAAACCAAAACCCAAGCCAAAAGCAGAUGCAUCUACCAGCAGCACACAGAAAAGCCGCCAGGAGAAGCCUGCCCCUCAGGAAGCCACAGAAGAUGCCGUGGACAGUAAGUGUUAAAAUAUUGAAUCGUCAUUUGGAAAAGCCUGUAUGAAGUGCAGUCAAAUCAAAUUAUUAAAUGUUAAUUUCCCAGUCCUUUAACGGUUGAAGCGUACAUCACAGUAGCAGGAUCAUAUUCUGGGAUUUUAUGCACUGUCCUGAUUCAGCAAAUCUAAGAAGGACACAGUAGGGAACGGUGAAAGGAAACGUAUAUAACAGCGCUCAUUUAAUACGUUCUCCCUUACAGGUCGUAAGCAGAUGCGCCAGUCCACAACAGAGCACACGCGGCAGACCUUUUUACGUGUCCAAGAACGGCAGGUGCAAUCUCGCAAGAAAAAGGGGCCUCAUCCUGACAGACCAUUGACACAGGAAGAACUGCUCAAAGAGGCUAAAAUCACAGAGGAAAUCAACAUACGCUCACUAGGUAAGCUAGUGAUCAUUAACAGAAAGGCCGGAAUAACACGACUAUAUCUGGGGAAUUGCCACCUUGGGAGUGGUAGAGGAUAAAUGCAACAGCCUUGAAGUGGCAAAGGCUAAAAAUGAUAUAGAAUAGGUAGUAGAUGCCUGGAAUAGCUUUUCACUUGGAGUAGUAAAGGCUAACAAUUACAUAGUGAUAUAGUUCAGCCUUUCACUUAGUUUCUGCUGUUUAUCUAGACAAACGUGAAAACCCCCAUUUGAAGUGAUUUCCUGUUGUGCAACAAAGUAGGGAAAAAAGUUUGUCUCUUUGGGGAGCCUUCAAUGUCUCCACGCACAGCAUGGAGACUGAACAUUGGCCCUGCAAUCUUUGACAGAAUAUGCCCAGUAAGUCCAAGUGACAGCCUCUACAGGCAUUAGGCAGCAAUGUAACCACUGCCCGCUGUUAAGACUUUAGGGACAUGCUGUUUUGCCCGUACCACUACAUUGAGCUGUUGUAGUUCUGGUGCAUAUAGUGUUCUUUAAAAAGCAUCCAGACAUUGACAAUCUGUAGAUAAUCUGAUGAAGCUAUCUAUUUAAGCACACAAUUCCACUGCUUCAUUGCUCUUCCUCUAAGAAACCCUUUUUUUCUGCCAUAGCAAAAUCUUCACGUCAAAAUGGGUGGUCUGUUGUUCAUUGCACAGUCCUGUCAAGGAACAGGUUUUCAAAGAGUUUUGUACCGUCCAUUUAUAUUUUUGUCCUGCUAUUAUAUUCUCCUGUCUGUGUUUGGUUUAGUUGGCUUACCGUCACACGCUGCUUACUGUGUAAACUUUCAGAGGUGAAGAGGAAUAUCCUCUAAAUCUAAACUAUGUUUUGCAACAAAUGUAGAAUAUUGCACAGCCACUUUAUGAUACUCUUGUUUAUCACUAAAUGUGGAUAAACACCUUUGGAUAGAGAAUAGUGUGUUUGCUUAUAAAGAGGUGGGGGCAUCUUAAUUUAAGCACAUGGUUUUGUUUAUCUAUCCUUCCAUUUGCAUAAUGUAGUGUUAUCGUUUCAUAAUCCAUGUUUGCACUGGUAAUACAUUAAUUGACAUAUCUCCCCCUCCUUUUCUUCCUACAUUCCCGGUGGUUUAUCUCUCUGAUCUGAAUACUUUGUUCUCUCCCUAUAGAGAAUUAUGAGCGACUGGAAGCUGACAAAAAGAAGCAGGUGUUUAAGAAAAGACGAUGUGUUGGCCCAACCAUCCGCUAUCACUCCGUAGCAAUGCCACUAAUAACGGACAUAACUGUGAAGGAGGAGAACGUGGAUGUGGAAGGGUAAUUACAGUGUGGUAGAUUAUUAUAAUAUUAUUGUGUCUAUAACAGUCAUUAUUUACUUCUCAUGGUGAGGUUGAAACGGGAUGAGCAUCUGGAAUAGAAGAGAGUUUCUGUAUUCCAUGUAAUUCCUCUAUUAUACCUGUUUAAUUGCCUGUAGUUUGUCUUCAAUAAUGGCUUCAGCACCUUUGAACUUACUAUAUCAAGAGGGUUCUUCUGUCAUUUACUAUAACUGUUUCACUUGUCAUUGGUUUAUGUAUUGUAUUGAAAAACAAUACUCCCUAGGGAGCAUCCAGCAUUUUAAGCCGGGUAUGCCUGAAUCAAUUACUCUUGUUCACCUUUUGUAUUGUGGACUGGUAAACACAUAAAACACUAAUUACUUACAUUUUACUUUAAUGGCUUGUACGGUUAGAAGUACAUCAAACAUACAAUAUAAAGGUAUUUUCUCUGUUACUACAAGUCAUUAUAUUUCUGGUUGGCAAUUAAUUUAUCCCGCAGAGGACAUAUACAAACAGGCUCUCCUCCAGUCCAAAUAUAAAGCAUAUCUUUUGUCUUAGUCUUUUGUUUUGAAUCAUUUAAAGUAUGUUUGACAAGGUGCCACAUUUUAAGUAAAGGAGGUAUAUGAUAUGCACGGCCCUUAGUGGCCCCAGCGGGAGUUCUGCUCCGUGUCCGACAUAAGUUUAUUAAAAUAUCUUAGAAGGUGAUGCGACGUAAAUAGCAUGUAGUAAUUUUUAUGUUGUUGUUUUGUUUAAUACAAGAUUGUGUAUAAUGACAGAUCAUUGCUCCUUCCACAUUCAUUAGACAUAAUGAUAUAGAAAACAAAAACCGUUCUUUAUGCGAUACAUUGUGAAAGAAUAUUUUAAGACUUUUAUAACAUUUAGUCAAGUAACGGAGGACUGCUGCUGGCAGAUAAUUACUUGGGAUAUUUGAUCAAUACUAAAUUGCACCCUUUGCAAUUGUAACCAGGCAAACUACAGAACAAUGAUCUGUAAUGGCCGAUUGCUUCUCUUUACAGACUGAAAAUUCACUAUAAGAUAAUUACUGUCUAAACAAAUAUAGCAAAGCAUGUGUUAUCACUACAAAACUGACAAGCCACAGUAAUUAGUGUAGAGUGGAAUCUGGGAGCUAGAUACUGGGGCUAUUAUGGAAGUCUUUAGGAGAAAUUUGGUUUUGGAAGUGUAGGGGCUUUGCAUGCUAUAUAUAAUUAAGAGUUGAUCCAUGGUUGAAACUUACAGAUUGUGCAAAGGGUUUUACUAGGCAAUUAUGGAAAAUCGAUGACAUUUUCUUUAAAAUGUCAUGAAAGAAAUGAGACCUUAGAAAUUCAGUACAGAUAGCUGAUUUUACACUGUGCUGUCUUUGCAGGCUGGAUCAGGAACAGAUGGGGGACUCCACCCAUAAAACCACCACUUCUUCUAGCAAAUGUUCCCGCACCUUCAUCACUUUCACUGAAGAUGAAACUUUCGACCGUUUCUUCCCCAAAAUCAAGAACGCAAAGUUCCCGGUCAGAGAGAUCUGUCCCGUCACCCACAAACCUGCCCAGUACAGGGAUCCAAUCACAGACAUCCCUUACUACAAUGCCCGUGCCUUCAAAAUCAUCCGGGAAGCUUACAAAAAAUACAUCACUGCCCACGGUCUCCCAAACUCUGCCAUGGCAGCUGCUAUGGGACCUUCAGCAGCAUCGGCCGAUCCUAACCAACGUAACACCAGGCAGAAAAUUAUCAUCAAGCAAGGUGUACAGACAGCGUAAUGGACUGCAUCCCACCAGCUCUCUCUUGCAGUUUGCCUUACAUUUACUCCUCAUUUAGGAAAGAGGCUAAGCAGCAGGAUGCAAGGCAUUUGAUAUUUUUAUAUAUAUAUAUUUUUUUUUGUUUUCUAGUUUUGACUAGCUGAUUUUAUUUAUUUGUCAUCUUGGGAAGGUGGGGGACAACAUUAUUGUUCAGUGAAAGGAUUCGGUGUUCAGUAUCUCAGUGGACAUCUGACUGUUGUGUCUUUAUGGAACUUUAGCAGUUGCUCGGUCCAUUUGAGUUUGAUUCUUUGAAGACCCUUUUGGCUUUCUUUUCUCUCAACCAACCAAUGGGUUGAUAUACUCUACCCAAGCUAUGGACUUGCUCUAGAACAUUUUCGAUAUGUGGCCUCUGUACAUAAGCAACUCAACACAUGGAACUACUCUAGGACCUUCUCAAUCUGUGGAACCACUCCAGAACCUACUCAGUUUGUGGAUUGAUUCCUGCAAAAAGUAUUUUCCCAUGUAAACCAGCUCGAGAUGUGCAUCUCUUCCAGAUUUAUUCUGGUUAGACAUCUCUUCCCUCUUCCAAUAAACAAAUACCAUCUAAAAUACAUAUUGAAUCCAACCUAAUUUCCUGGGGUUUAUCAUGGGGUAGCUAAAUAUUUGCUCAACUAUUGGACUUUUGCAAAUACAUUUAAUCUCCUACUCCUGCUACAAUGGAACUACCCUGUUUAUUCAUGAGGAGGUCACAUUUGGCACUCCUGUAAUAAAUAUCUGCAGUUUAACUUAACAUCCAGGGUAUCUGGAAAUAUGAGCAUUGGUCCGUUGCUUUGAGCCAAACAAUAAAAGCAGUUUACUUCUGUCAAAUGAAGUUCCUAAUUCUGUCUUCUCUUGUCAGUCUGUUUACGUUUUGAUCCAUCACCCUGCUCUGCAUUCUGCAAAUCAGUCACAGGCAGGGGCCAGCUAAACAAACAUUUCAGGAAGUUGUGGUGGAUAGAAACAGGUGUGUUGACCUAUUUUAGACUUAAUGGAUUCACCUCUCUGUCUGUGUUCAGGAAAAGCCUAAGGUUCUGUUGUGCUUGUUGACUCUGCAAAGUGUUUCAGUGCAUAUUCAAUAUAGAGAGAGACAGACCAUUCUUAAGCUUAGAAUCUAUGGAAUCGUAUUCGAUUGAACAGGUGUCAUUCUAAGGAAUGCCUAUUCAGAUGUUCACAGCAGCAAUACUUUCUUUGCACAUGUCCAUCCACUGGGUGGGGGUUGGGUGGUGAAAGAGUCUAGGCUAUGCAUUCUAUUAAAACAAGCAAUUUGCCCCAGCAAUCACUCUGCUGUUUAUACUUUACGUUUUCACAAUUUUUCUUUUAAAACCAGGCUCAAGGAAAUAUUAUAAAUUACACGUCUUUUAAAGGGAAAGAUCAGAGCAACCACUGUAUUAAUUUGGAAAAAUCUAAACAAGUUAAUAUUUUUAAAUGAAACUUGCUUGGCAUACAAAAUGAUUUCCUAAAAAAGUUUUUCAGGCUAAACUGCAGUGGGUCACCCAUUCUACAGACAAUUCAAUUGUAUUUUACAUGAGCUCUACACAACUUCUAACAUGUUAAAAAUAUUUGAAAAUUAACACACAAACGUGAACAGCAUGCCGGGAAUUAUGACAUUUCAUACGAAAGGCACAGAAAUGCAAGGAAUAUAAAUAAGAUUGUCAGUAAAAUAUUGUUGAAAUAACUGAAUCCAUUUAAAAAGCAAAAAGCUGCAACUGCUUGUAGACUUUUUAUGGGCACGCAGAUUCAUGCAAUGAGUUUUGCCUUUCCGUCACGGUCAAUGGGCCAGCUUUAUGAAUAAGCCGAUUCUUGUUUUGGGACUAAGUUGCCCUUUCUGCAUUUUUACAAGUUGGCCAGUAGGUGGCUGCCACUGAGUUGAUCUGAGUACCAGCUGCAGCCAAAUGACAGGCUGAGUCACACCCCUUCUCAGAGUUAUCCCCCUUCCCAGCUUUGACAGACCCUCACAUAGCCUGCAGGAAAGUCACAAGGUAAGCGUGUAUCCUUCCUAUGGAUCUGUGUAAAGUGCUGUUAAAUCUCCCUGGUACAUAGUGUACAGUCAGAUUGUGUACCAGAGCAAAAAGUUCCUUCUUAAUUUCAUUAUAUUUUGUGUGCUUACAGCGUUCUAUAAAUCUACGAAUAAAGUUAUGAUCUAUAAUUAAAUCAUUAAUUUGCAAGGCUUGGCUUUAGAAAACCGUUUUAAAUAAAUCACGCUCCGUUCAUAAAAUAAACAGGUUUUUACUUGCAGUCAUCGAACUGAAGUGAAAAAACAUGAUAUUGAAAGGGUUAACUAUUUUGUGCUAGGUAUGGACCCGUGAUAUAUGUGGUGUUUUUGAUUUCGUUUUUUGUAACUGGUUUUGGAAAAAUAGUUUUUAUUUAUUUAUUUAUUUUCUGUUUGGUUUUUGUUUUUUUCAAAAACAGAAUUAUGUGAAAAUCGGGUUUGUUCUGCAUACAGGUGGUCGGUUAUAUGCCGGUAAUGACCCACUCAGUCACUCCACAAGUAAAUGACUUCCAUAUCGGUUUCGAGGGCUGUGUGUAUGUGCCUAGACUGCUUAGUCCGGCAGGAUUUUGGGGAUCGAAUUCCUUUUUAGUAUGCUGGACGGCAGUGGCUGCUAACAUUAACCCUUUAUGAACAAGUGACAUGCCUGGCAUGUCAUAACAUUUAGGGGUUCACUCUAACCUGUGAUCCAUAACAGUUUAAACCAGGAACAGAAACUGAAUGUCAGAAAUAUAGGAGAUAUAUAUGUACUGAAGAGCUAACAUUAUAAAGAACACAUUAACAUUAUAACUGUUAUCAUUUCUGUUAUCUUUGUUCAUGAUUUUUUUUUAAUGCCCUGUUUGGUAGUGGUGUACAUGCUAGUAUCUACCACACCCCAAUAAUAUGUAAUAUGAACUGUAUACACAUGAAUCAUAUUUUUUAAUCUGGGCUUUUGAUCCAUGUUGACGCUAAAAGGUUGUGAUCUAAUUAUUUCCAUGCUUGCAAUGGGUUCUCUAUGCCCUUUAAACGAUUCGAAAACUACAUUACUGCUUUCUGUUCCUUUACUUACGGAAGACUUUAAUAUCUUAACCGGUAACCCUUUCCAAAGCUGCCGUCUUUUGCCUUAAACACCAGCUGCUCUGUGUGUUUGUUAGCGGGUGUAAAUCCUGAUCUGCUGAACUGGGCAUUAAACGAUCCCCCAGGGAUUGGAAUCGCCACGCAUGCGCCAUUUGUUGUUCGUGAUAUUUUGUUAAUGCAGCACAUGUGUUUAGGGGUCCUAUGGCAGUAUAGACAUUAAAUGUCACACUAUACAAUUAUUAUUCUUAUUGUAUUUGUUUUUUCCUUCUAUGGGGCCAAUAUCUCAAAUUACAAAAGACUGGGGGAGUUUGUGUGUUCUGUGGUGGGAAAUGCAACGUUACUCACUGGUGUGUAGGUUUCUAGUGCAAAUAGGCUCCAGUUUUGAAGAAUUUGUUUUUGUCUUCCUGGUCAAGUUACAGCUGUCAUGUCAUUUUGCUAUUUCUGUCCUCCCUGGUGAGAUGAGAAAUAAAAAUCUCUGCAGAUUUUUUAUUGGAAUACUGUAAAACCUUGUGUCAGUAGCUUUUAGUAAUCUGAAAGCUGGUUCAUUUGGGAAGGGCACAGGAUUCCUGAUUGUUGUCUGGGUGCCAUGGAAUACCCAACAAUUUACACAGUACAAGGACAUGCUUCAUUACAAUACGGUUUAUACACUAUACAGUGACUUGGAAGCCGGAUUGCAGAAUUUAGGACAUAAUCAGCAAUUUGGAAAAACGCUUGAAUUGGGAAUUUUCUCCUCUGCAGCUAUUGUAGCCUCAAUUUUGCCGUUUAGUUUUUUUGUUUACGCCAUUUAUAUUUUAGUGAAUAAACCUUCAGCCUGUUGGCUUCUAAAAAGAAUAAUCUCAUAAAGGUAUGUUUCGUAUCAGUUUAAAAUAUAUUGUUGUGCUCAUUUUGCUACGGGCAUUCCGAACAGAUUAUCUUCCAAGCUUAUGUUCUGCACCCAUUUUCUAAUACGGUUAGAAGUAUCGGUAGCCUAUAUGGGGCCGGACAGGUUUUCUGCUGGAACAGGUAAAAUAAACUUAAAGUGAAUAAAUCAAUUAGACGCUGUAUAAACUAAUCCAUUAUCAAUGCUAUAUUGGCGUUACUUUUUUCUUUUAUGUCAUUUUAGGCGUCACAUACAUGUUAAAACUAUUUUCUGAUGUAAAACAUUUGGUUUUUAAUUGACCAUGGGAGGUUUUUUUUUUUUUUUUGUACUAUGGUAAAUUAAAAGAGAAAAACCCAGUACAACAUGGUGACAUUGGUUGGAACAAAUCUUCAAUGUUUUCUCACAAAAUUUGGCCAACUUGGUUCCCUGUUUAAUAAACCACAUUACUCCCCCCACCCUUGCAUUAUAUAAAAGAUGGUUCCUUAUUGAACCAAGGAGAACUUUUCCUCUUUGUAUGGAUUUUAAAUAUAGGUAAAAUCUAGUUAAUUUUAAUGCACCUUAUACUCGGACUGAUAGCGCUUCCCAUGAAUUGAAUAGCUGUGAGCUAUGAAUUACUUACUCUUUUAAGCCCCUGCCGAUGAGGAGUUCAUGGGAUAUGCCCAUCACACAGAACCACUCGGAAAGCUAGGAUUGACCGAAGGAAGCUGACCCCUGCAAUUUUCACCGCAGGCAGCUGGCAAUCUGGUGGGCUUGACAAACUUGCUCUGAAUUUCGGUGCCAGCUUAAAAAAAGGUUAGGAGCCAGGACAUUUUUGUUUUAAACUAACAAAGCUUUAUUUUCACCAACACAAAUAACAGAUCUUAAAGGGACACUAUUGUCACCAGAACCACUACAGCCUAAUUAAGUGGUUCUAGUGUCUUUAGCCUGUCCCUGCAGGGUUUACAUUGCUACCUAGCAACACCUCUAGGGACAGUCACUCAAACGGCCACCAGAGUUGGUUCCUAGUUGAGUGUUGCACAAUGUGCAGCACCUACGUUCAGCGUCUCCACUCAUGCAGGCACAGAAUGUUCCCUAUAGAGAUGCAUGAGACCAGAGUGGCAUGGGAAAAAGGUGAGUAAACACACAUUUCCUAUGCAAUUGGAGGGGUCACCUAAAUAGUUAGUUUUACACAUUUGUUUUUGUUGUGGCCAUGAAAAUGACUUGUAUCUUACUGCUCUUCUGCUCCCUCACGUGCCGUGUAGUGAUGUUGAAGUGACGUCAUAGCAAGGCGAGCAUAGACAUUACAGUUUCCUCGCCACCACCCGCCUUAUGGGGACCCUAAGGUAGCCAGUGUCGAACACAAGGCAUUAGGACAAAAUUCCUAGUUAACCUGGUGCCUGGGAUUUGUCAAGCCCUGCUUUACCUUGGCUAAUCUUGAAAAUUUGGAUUUUGAAUGGGAAGCAUUUGAGACAAAAUGUCAAAUGUGUUGGUCUGUCAUUAUAACAAAUCUUGAAAUAAAGCUGCAAUAAAGACGUUUACUGUUGUUAAAACCAUAAAUCAUGCUCUCGGGGUCUGCCCAUUUGAGCCAUACAAUAAUAAGACAUUUUUGUUACUUUUGAGAGAGAAACAUGGUUAAUGUCCGUGUUCCCUUUUGACCUGUGAUCAGCUCAUGCUUGUAUUUGUGGUUUUGUUUAUUUUUAGAUCUUGCUUGCAGAUAGGGCUCUGUGGGCCCACCGUAUCGCACGCACAGCAUGUUUGCAUUGUCACAGAUCCGUGAGGUUUCAAUAAAGAUAUUCUACUUUAAAACCCGGUGCUGUAUACCAAAUAUGCCCAGUGCCCAUUAUUCUUCAAAAGGAUUUAAGCCGUAAGAGAUACACAUAGCAAGGCUUAGCACCAGCCAUCAAGCCCAUGUCUCUUCUGACAUCGGAUGACAAUUACAGACCUGGUUUUAUGGAUCUUCUAACUUGAUGAAGCCAUUAACCUUCUGUACUCAAGGACUGAAAAGUAUUUUAUAGAGGCUGUAGUGAAAUCCAUCUGUAUUAUGGAGUAUGUAGAGAACUCGGAGCCUCCGAAUUAAUGGGACCAUCAAUUAAAAACAUAAACCCGAGGGGAUCUUUCUGUAUUUAUUUUUAUACAAACUCCAUUACUUGCUAAUUGCCAGCUCUCCUGAGAAUGUACUUUUUGAUACUGCAAUAUAUUCUGAAUUGCGGCGUAUAAUAGAAUAACCACUCAGCUGCCAACGUAGGCCUCAUUUUAAUUCUUUUGUAUAAGCCUUUCAAAUUAUCACAAUCUGUUAGAAAAAAAAAAAAACAUUUCGAAUGAUUUAUCCACAGAAGUCACCAUUUAGGUCUGUGGGGAUUUUUGUAGAAUAAUCAUUUGAAAGGUUUUUCUAACAGAUUGUGGUUAUUUGGAAAUAUUAUCCAAAAUAAUUAAAAUGAGGCCUCCGUUGGUAUUGCCGAUUGGUUUGUUGAAAUAUGUGUCCUGUUUAUUAAUGGGCUUAUUUUCUAAACUACGAGCUAUGAGGCCAGAAUAGCUAAGGUGGAGACUUUUUUUGGGGGGGGUUCAUAGAGCGAAAGGUGGUCAUCGCAAUUCAGUGCCACCCGUGUACGUUAUCUUGGAACUAUAGGGCGAUGUUGGUGUUUACUUUUUUUAAAUUCACAAGCGUUGGCUUUGCGUUGCCCUGUAAUGGUCCGACUUUACAAAGUCGAGAGGGUUAAAUAGGUCAGAGGAUUUCAGAAUCCAGCGGUGCGGAGUUAAGGGGAUAAUCUCUAACUCUCUCGCUGGCACGUCCAGCUGGGCUUGAUUGUGUUUCAAGAGAUGAUAGUUAAUCAUUCUCAUGUGUAUGAAUUUACACCGUUCCUUACUGACUUACUUUUUUCUCUUUGGAAUUUUAACUCAUCCAUUCGAAUUUUUGUUAUUUUGUUUUUGUUUUUUGUAUUUUUAACUGCUGGAUACUGUGACUUUUGCUGUUCAUGGAGAAGGCAUGUUAUUUAAAAAAAAAUCAAAAAAAAAAUCUGUUAAAGCAGCACUGUCAUGCCGAACUUACCUUUCCUCAAUCUCUUCCUCUUCUCUCCCUCUCUCAGGAUCUGUUCUUCUUUUCUUCCUGUCUUCUUUAGUUUUAUUUAAAAUCAUAAGACAAAGUAGGGACUUUUUGCCUUAUGGAGGUGCAAAGAGUGCUUCAUUUCCGCUGGUCAGAGCAAUUUUCCCAUAAUUCUUACCUUUCACUGUGAUCUCGCGAUGCUUCCUGUCAUUUUAGACGAAACUGCCGAAUUGCGUUCUAACUGAAUGAGAACAGUAUGUUCGUUUUUUUAGAACGCAAUUCGGCACUUUGUUCAUAUCGGGGGUGGGUGGGGGCCCUAAAUAAGGAUAGGGGGGGUGACUACUGUCCUCCCCCCGGUCCCCACCCCUGAGCGGUGGGUGGGGGCCCUGAAUAAGAAUGGUGGGGGGACCUAAUGUCCUCCCCUCUGGCCCCAACCUCUGAGCGGUGGGACCUACUGUCCUCCCCCAGGCCCCACUACUGAGCGGCGGGUGGGGGUCCCCCCCUUAUUGUUUUUUUAGGGCCCCCACCCACCGCUCAAGGGUGGGAGCCGGGGGGGGGAAGGACAGUAGGCCCCCCCUUAUUGUUUUUUAGGGCCCCCACCCAUUGCUCAGGGGAGGAGGACAGUAGGUCCCCCCCACCAUUCUUAUAUAGGGCCACCGCUCAGGGGUGGGGGCCAGGGGGAGGACAGUAGGUCCCCCCCACCAUUCUAAUAUAGGGCCCCCACCCGCCGCGCAGGUGUGGGGGCUGGGGGGGGAAUGAGGACAGUAGCCCCCCCCCCCUUUAUUGUUAUUUAGGCGGGUGGGGGCCGGAUAGUAUAGUGAGUAGGGGCAUUUGGGAGAUUUUAAUCUCCAGUAUGUUAUUAUGGGGGUCAUAUUGACCCGAAUAGAGUGAGGCAGGACAUUGGGGGCUUAGGAAGUGACGGGGAACACAGCUCCCUGCCGCUUCUAUCUUUACAUAUUACAAGGUGGGAGAUGCGUGCCGGUAGAUCUCUCCUUGUAAUAAACAGAACGAACACUGAUACACAGUGUUAGUUUGUUCAUCUGACAAUGCUAUUCAUUCAUUCGGCUUUCUGACGAAUGAAUGAAUAGAUGAAAUUCCCGUUCGCAUGUCGAAGUGUUUAACUGGGCAUGUGCGGGAAUCUCAGUCUGUCUAGUGUGGGCAGAUGACGUGUCCCACGGAGACUUCCUCUACCCACACAAAGAUGGCAGCGCCCUGAAUACAGAUCGGGGCAGAAAAUAAAGAAUAAAAAAUAAGUAAUAUGGAGGGGGUUAGGGGCAUUUGGGGGUGACUAGGGGGUCAGUUAGAUGUAGUGGAGGCGGGGGGGGGGAGAUAAAAAAAAAAAUGGGAUUUGGCCAUGACAGUGCAGCUUUAAUAACAAAUUUUUGUAAAAUAGAAAACAGCUUUACUAUAAUUUACUGGCACUUCAUGUUUCUCUGAAAAAGUAAUAUCAAAUAUCAAGCAAAGAAAAUUACACUUUGCAUAAUGUUUUUGUUUGACAUGCUCACACUACAAUACAAAUCUUCCACUAACACUCCAGGGAUACUUGAAGCAUAGCUGUGGUUAUGCCUCAAUACAGUGGAGGGGAAAAAAGCACAUACUACUGGAGAGAUUAAAAAAUAUAUAUAUAUUGUCCCGCCUCCAUAGCUGAGAUGAAUGAUUUAUGAUCUCAGCUAAGUCAAUGCUUUUCCAUAGGAAAGCAUUGGGAGGAUAUUACACAUAUUGAUAUGGUGUGUUGAGCAGUCAUCCGACACCCGUGCGAGGGUUAUUUCUCUUGUUUGGGUUCAGUCCAUUUGGGGGGCAAGUGCUGUAUCAUGGAGGUGAGACACCCCUCCAGCCCUGGCGCUGUGUAAGAGCUUGUACCUUCUUGCUACGAGCCUGGGAUCCAAGGUCUUCCCUGUCGGGAUGAUGCAGUGGGUCCUGCGGUUGUUCGCUGUGUGUCGUUGCUUAUGUCUUGUGGACCUCCGCAUGUGUGGCCGGUGCCUGUGGGUUGUGUCCCUUGUUGCUCUCAGCCCGCGUGGGCAUCUUUUGUGGAUGGCUGAGGUGGAGGACCGCGUUGCAUCCUUUAGAGGUGCACUUGGUCCCAUUCGGUCGGUAUUGGGGCAGUCAUAGCUUGCUUAAUAUGGGUCAGCAGCUUGGCCCAGAAGCGGUCAAAAAUAUCAAGUGUGUCUCUUACUUUGUUGCUUGGGCCUGGCAGGUCAUGCUGCUGUAUCAGCGUGCCACGUGGAACUGGGCCUGAUGCGUCCUUCAUUUUGUGUCGUCUUCAGGGUCCUCCGAGAGGUAUGGGGUGUGGGUUGCUCAGUCUGGCGGGGACCGGGAUAUCUCCCACCGGUCCACAGCGGGGGGGAAGUGUUUCUUGCUCGCUUGUGGCAGCGGGAGGAAACCGGCUGCCUUUUUUUCCCUCCACCAUCUUCAGUAGGCCUCAAACUGCUGCUGCGGUUCCCGGUCGUUCCAUGAGUCUGGUGUCUACAGGUGCAUGCAGGCUUCCCCAAUUGGUAUUGCUCUGUUAUGAGAGGUUUCCAGCACUGCAGCCCAAGAUAUCGUCGUGGGUAUAGCCCAUGCAGCAGGAGCUCAUCCGAGGCAUGACUUGUCAGCUCACUGGCCUGGCUUUGCCCUCCUUACACAGCCUGUUUAAUUAUAAUUUAUCUCCUGCCAGUGGCUACUGUGAUUAAAGUGCAAUUAACAGAGCAAGAGAUCAAAACAUCUAGAGUAAAAACUCUGUUCUCAGACCUGAUUGAAAAUGAAACCAUUUUGUUUUCAUGCAGGCUGUGUCAGUCACAGGCAGGGGAGGUGUGACUAGAGCUGCAUAAACAGAAACAAAAGUGAUCUAACUUCUAAAUGGCAGAGAAUUUAGCAUUGAGACUGAAUGGGGCAUGAUCUAUACACCAAAACUGCUUCAUUAAGCUAAAGUCAUUUUAGUGCGUAUUUAGUGAGUAUCCUUUUUAUAAUAGCAAAAAUGCUCAAAGUGUUUUUUAUUCAAAAUGGAAAUAAGUGGGAUUCUUCUGCUGACUUUACUGGUUCCCAUGAUGAUUGUUGUUUCCACUUCAUUUUUCUAACUCUCCCGCACUUCACCGCCUGUGCUAAUGCAGGAAUAUAUCUCGGGAUGGUUUUAUUUAAUUGUGUAUCAGAUCGUAGAAUACCGAUAUAUUUAUCAGGUCCUGUGAGAGGUGGCCGAAAAAGGUGACCCUUUAUCAUUUCUCUGUGUUUAACAUAUUGACUGAGAAUAUAAAACUAAUUGAGAUUUUCUGGUAAUAUAAUCGAACACAUGCGGAGGCCGUUGUUCUGUUUUAUUUUACAGAAAUUACUGUGGUUUUCCACGUGGCUGGCUGCUGGUUUCUACAAUUUGUCUUCACCUACAUGCAGCUAAGUACUUUCUCCAUGAUUGCGUUCCCAAAUGUAUAUUCAGGAACAAACUGCUGUUCAUUAAACUAUAUUAGCCAGUAAUAUGGCAGUUGUGCCUAAACCGAAGCCGAACGAGGGCUGUGGUGUACACCUGUCUGCAUUUUUUUUGUUCAUUAGAUCAGUAAUUGUGUUGGGUCAACGAGAGAUAUGCAAAUCGUAGACCAAAAUAGCUGAUUUGGCAGAAUUUUAUUGUUAUAAAACUAAGUUCCUCUGUCCUAAACAUUAACAGGUUAGUGAAUUAAAGGAGCACUGUAGGUUCAGGAACACAUACAUGUAUUCCUGACACUAUACUGUUAAAACCAUCAUCUGACCCCCUCUUGCAUCCCUAAAUAUAAUAUAAUCUUACUUGUAUUCAAGUCUGUAGCUGCUGCCACUGAAACUGCUCCUGCUGACAUCAUCAGAAGUGGUCUGAGCCACUCACAGUGCUUCCCCAUAGGAUUGGCUGAGACUGACAAGGAGGCAGGUCAGAGGCAGAUCAAGCAUGAUUCAAACACAGCCCUGGCCAAUCAGCAUCUCCUCAUAGAGAUGAAUUGAAUCAAUGCAUCUCUAUGAGAAAAGUUCAGUGUCUACAUGCAGAGGAUGGAGACACUGAAUGGCAGUCGCACUGUGCAGCACUGCCCCCAGGAAGCACUUCUAGCAGCCAUCUAAGGAGUGGCCAGUGAAGUUAUCACUAGGCUGUAUUGUAAACACUGCAUUUUCUCUGAAAAGACCGUGUUUACAAGAAAAAGCCUGCAGGGACUGAUUAUACUCACCAGAACAAAGUCAAUAAGCUGUUCUGGUGACUAUAGUGUCCCACCCGUUGUAAGUAGUUAAAUUGUUUUUAGAAGGCUUGACUUCUUACGUAGGGCCAUCGGGUGUAGGUCUGUGUCUCCUCUAAUUGUGACAGCAAGCUGAAAAAUCCUAAGCAGGAGCUUUCAUUAGCUCUCCUGACCUAAGCCCUACGCUCAUCGGCCUCAGAGAGAGAGAGAGCCUCAGCUAAUUGUUCUCAGCCAGUGAGCAAAGUCCUGCACUGCUCUCUGUCGGAAGUAGAGGAGGCAGGGAGCGGAGCCCAGUGGGUGCCAGUUAAGAAGUGAGACCAUCCUAAAAAUUUUGACUACUUAAAUUAUGGGGUGUGCUGGGCAAAUGCGGGCACUAUAUCCACUACAGCAAGUUUUUGUGUUUAAAGUGUUACUUUAAAUCUCUUUAUAUGUUCUUGCAUGCAGGACGCACCACCAGUAAUAUGACAACACAAUAGGUUAAUUCCCAGUGCACUGACAUCUCCAUACAUACAUUCCAUGAUAAUGUGUGCAAAAUGACAAAAAGGAAUAAUCACAGCAACUACAGCUCAUGUGCUUCAGUUGCCAUAAAAGAGGUCUCCAGCUCUCCCCUCACUCAAUCUUUGACAUGUACCCUAUGCUUUUUGCAUUGCCCUGUAUGCUGAGAAAUGGGUACCAUAAUAGGGGGAGAAUUGUUUUUCUAUUUGUUUCUGUUUAGUCUAUGUCUUUGCUAGCACAUUGUAUAGAUAAGUUUUGCAGCAGCAUCCCGGAUACCCUACUACAGAGGUAGGUAACCUUCGGAACACCACAUGUUCAGAACUACAUCUCCCCUGAUGCUUUGCCAGUAUUAUGACUAUAAGAGCCAUAAUGAUGGGAGAUGUAGUCUACAAGAGCCGAAUGUUACCUGCCCCUUCUUUCGAUUGUAAACCUAAAAUUCUGUAUCUACGGAACCUUAACAGUUAAGAAAUGCAACGUGCUUCAUGUGAAGGGUCUGCAGUUGAUACCAGUUUUGCAAGCACAAUAUACAGAUCACACGGAUACCUUCCCGAAGGUGUGUUAGUACGUAUAUUAAUCGCAGGUAAAAAUAAAAUCUUUAUAUUAAAUGCUGAAUUCUUCGGGCACUUCCUUGCAUCUAAUGCAAAUCUGUUGAAUUUUCGCACAUUCUCACAUUGAUUGUCGGGAUAAAAGCAUUGGAGUCAUCCUGCUGAGCGAUAAAUGGUAGAUUUGAUAUUAAUGACCAUUAGUUCUGCUCUGAUAUGUCUAAUUGUUUGUUGCACUGUAACUUAGCUCACACUUGGAGUAAAGCCACGUCCCUACAGCUCUCCUCCAGAGUGGGAAUUAUUACAGAGCUGUAGGACUUUGCUCAGCCUGGCCUUUCUCCCCCCUACCCCUGUUUGAUUGACAGAUGCUGCUGUUCCACCUGACACCUUAUACUUUUGCUCUCUCUGCGCUCCUGCACAGCUCUCCCCUCCUCCCCAGAACAGUGCCAUAAAUCCAUACAGUCCAAUGUAUACCCAGAGAGGUGAAUAUGGGGACAUUCCCCAAAAUAACUGCUACUAGGGCUGCCUGCUCGUAGCUUCAUUCUAAUUUAGGAUCAGGAUCUUGGAGGAAGGAAGGGCACUGUUUAAAACACCAAUAUCCUACUGCUCAGGAGCCAAUGUUAUGGUUACAAAUUAAUAUUCCCCUUGCUCUUAAAGUGACACUCCACUGUACUAAUACAAAUCACUGUUUAGUAAAUAUACCCCAAAAUGAAAGCAUUCAUGCAUCAUGCCUUUAAUUAUGCAUUUUUUCAUUGAUGAUUUAGUUCAAAACAGCUUGAUAAAGCUGCAGACUACUUGUCUGCAGCCUUUGCAAACCUUCCCCUUCUAACCCCACCCAGACUUUCUGUGGCUGUCCAAUCACAGACUUCCUAAUGCAGCUCAAUGGGAGGUCUUUGUAAGACAGAUACUCUGGGUAAUUGUUGCCUCUUGAGUAUAGUACCAUUAAGCUAAACAAACCAGGAAGUUGUCUGACAGGAGGUGGGGUGGGUGGGGAGGUGGGGGGAAGCUUAAGGUUGUUUUAUAAAAGUGUCAGUUUCUAUUAAAAUAUCCUCUUAUUGUAAAAUGAAAUGGCACUCUUUACACAUAAAGCAUUUCAGCAAGCUGAUGUGCUUGAGGUGUCUGGAGUAUCCCUUCAAAACCUUAAACACAUUACCUAUAAAGUUACAGGUCCAGGUUUCUUACAGAAAUUGGGUAGAUAACGUGUAUUUAUAUUAAAAGGGUGUGGUAAACUUCAGAAACGCACCAGAUUAUUGCAGUGGUUAUGGUGCAAUGAGUCAAGCCAUUGUCUCAUGUUGAGACCAUUUAAAAAGGUUUAAUUUCAUUCUACCACUUUACACAUUGACUCUACUCUCCACCUGGCCUAAAAUUAGCAAAUUGUUGCCAUCCUCGACAUACCAUGAGAUGCAUUUAAAGACCCUCCAUCAAGCCUACUUACCUCCGGACAAACAAUUUAGUAUUAAAAUUACACUGCCUUUGCUCUGUCUCCUGAGUUGUUGGUGCUAGGUUUUGCCCUGAUGCUCCACUUAAAUUUACCAAAAUACCAGUGGCAAGAAAGGCUAUUUUAAUAAAAUUGGAUCCAUCCUGAUCCCUCAACCUUGCCAUAUAAAUUCUAGAUUUUCCUUCUGAUGUUUGGUGGGACAGUGUAUUGUAUUUAAGUUGUCAAUAGACUUUAAGAGGUUUUUAACUUGUUAAUUUGUAUUAUUAGUAUUGUAAUUCCUGUACUCCACUGAAUGCCUCUUACGUUGUCUACCUUUGUCUAAUAUAAUGUUUCCCGUCUUGCCUAUUUGCAUUGACUUUGUCACUACGGUGGCUGUGGCUCGUGUGUCUUCUGAGAAGAGAUAUGCUUUGUCCAAUUUGUGUGUCAUGUAACUGGGACUGAGCAUCCAACUGUCUGAUUGACAACUCUGAUGGGCUGGAUUAAACUUUUGUGAUUUUUACAUAUCUCUGCAUGUUUAAGCCAUUCUCAGAUCUGAGUAGACUCAGGCUUGUCUGUGCACCAACCGUGUUGCAGUCAUAUAAAUUGUUAUGAUUUGUAGAGUGAUCAUUUAAUGGCUCUCUACCACCUAAAUUAUUCUUACUAAUCAGAAUGCUGAUACUUUAUUCCUAAUAGAUACGUUUUAUGACUAUGUUCACGCCAACGUACGCAAAACUAUAGAUAAAAAUAAAUUAAAAAGAUCAAGCUUUUAAAUAUUUCUAAUAUUUUGGCUAAAAAUGAAUCUGUUAUGACCCGCCUCAUCUUCGAUCCAGCACUUCUAUAACACCCACCUCCUGUCUGCCUACACUCUCAAGUCAGUGCUAGCAGCAUCAGCUAGGGAGUUUCCAUAGCAACCACAGCGCUUGCACAUGUCCAUCAAUUCUUUCAGCACAGUCUAUGCUCUGGAGAAAUACUUAUAUUUAAAUAGUUUGUUUUUGGUUUUACCCCUCAAUCUAUAUAUUUUGCUAGCACAAUGUAUAGACAGAAUUUUAUAAUCCUUUAAAAUCAGCAUUGUUUCCAAAUGUUACAUGUGCCUUUUAAAAGAAACUAUGACUGUUUUGUUGUAAAGAUGGCCCUCUUAAACUUUUACGAACAUUUUAAAAAUAAAGGGAAAAAACCUACUGAGGGCAUUUAAUAACAGCAACCAAAGUCUGUGAAUCCCCAUAUUUGUGUGUUCUUUUGAUACCCUAUGGCCUGUGUGUAAGUCUUAUUUUUACUUUUUGUAUGAGAAAAAUAUUGAAAAUAGGUAAAAGCUUGAAGUAUUGCAGUGGUAAUGAUUAAAACACAGAAUUGGCUUUAUAGCACUUCCAUAUAAAGGACUUCAUCAGUCCUCGUGUCUGGGCAUCAACAGAGAUAUGUGGUCCAAGCACAUUUCAGACAUACUGUGCAUGUACCAAUGGCGGUGCCUAGGUUAAAUAAUUGACAUGACAUUCCAGCUAUACUAUGUAGGAUUGACAAACCGUUUUGAAAAAUUCAUUUGCUUACUGUCUUACAUAAAUCUUUUGUUCCUUUUUGAAUUUCAGUGGUUAUAUAAUAUAGAAACUUUUACAAAGAUUCUAUCCUCGUAAAGACUGGCAAGUGAUAUUGCUGGUUUAACCAGAGAUUCAGUUCAAAAGAUGUCACAGGGAAGAGAGAUUUCUUCCCAUGUCUUUAUGGACCGACGGCAUCAGAUGCUGACCGUUUUUUGGAUCUUCCACAAAUUUACUUCAGGCUUCCACUAUAAAGAGACCACAUAAUAUUUGUUGUGGUUCUGUAAAUUCUUUAUUUGUAAUAUUAAUAUAAGUAUAGAGGUUGCAUAAAAAAUAAACAAUUUUAAUUUUCAUAAUUUACCACUUUGUGGGAUAUUAUAGGCACCAAAACAACAGUUUUGCAGUCUUACUAAUGAAAACAGAACAGUUUCUGAGAAACAUCACUGUGACGGUCACCCAGAGUGAGGAGUGGUAUCUACCGCAGAGAUGUCCUUUUCCCCUAGUCUGAGUACCGCUGCAAUGUUCUCCAGUUGAUAUCCCAGCAGACCAAGAAUCCAAUAUAGCUGUAGAUCUCUUAUAAGAGUUAGUGGUUAUAGCAGUAUAGCAGUUCCCUACAAUCAUGAGACGAGGCUGCGUGUUGAGGGUUAAGUGAACUGGUUUAAUGGUAGCCACACUGGCCUUUUAUGCAAGUUCCCUUGCAAGGGGCACACCCACAUGGACCUUGUUGGGGACUGUGACACAAACUUACAAACCAAUAAUGACAGUUACAAUGUAAGGCACUCCCACACAUGGCAUACGAUCCCUCCCCUCUGCCUGGGAGAUAAUUGAGUCAAUUACUGUAUCAACUCAAUUAUCUCCAGACGAAAAAGAACAUAAUUUAUAGACAUUCUGAAAAUACCCUAAAACCACACAUGAACCCCAUAAAAAGUAUAUCCUCCGGAUAGCCCCGAUCUGGGUAAGCAAUAUAUCCAAAAAUCACCGAGAUUGGUUCAGGGGUUUGGGAUUCGUAUGGAAGUCUUAUUUUUUUGACCGACCGCACACAAGGCGAAUAGUUCCAUAGAUGUGCGGCCGGUCUCUUUCGUGGGUUUCAAAUAUGCCGAAAUGUCUCAAAUAACUGUUUGUGGGAAAGCUAGCCGUGUGCCCCUUUGUUCGGGAGUUGGUUUUCACCGAACGCUGCCUCUUUCAGAUGAUUUGGAAGGAAACUAGGUGAUCCUGAAAGUCUCAGCGGUGUUUGGGCCGUUGAGUGUCUGAAAAUAGUUCCAUACACUCGAUGACCAAACACCGCUGGAUGUGUUUGACAAAACAAGAUGGCCGCCGCUACGUGUUCGUGCAUAUGAAUCGACAGCUACCCAAUGAACCACUUAGAACGUUCAGAGUUGUGGUUAGAACAAGUGUCAGUAAGGUCAAUUGGCGGCACACGACUGCUUUGGGUGGUCCAAGGGUUUGGUAUAUUGUUCGGUAUUCAAACCAGCUGGGGCAAAUCUGUUCAUUUGGGUUCGUAUACCGAUCCAGGCAAAAAUAAAAGUAAUAUCCAGGAACAGGGCAUCUGUUACAAUCACUGUUUACAUUUUGGAAUUUCCACACCUUCUAGUGGCUGUCAGACAUCCAGCUUAUAGAAGCUUUAGACACAAAUAUAUUCAGUAAUUGAAGCAAUUCUGUGCCUGACCUCAGCAUGCACAGUAUACGGUGUGCGUCCAAGGAUUAUAUAUGGAUUGGUGGAUCGUCAAUUUCUGAGAAUGUCGUGCCUUAAAUACUUCUGUAAGAAGCUUCUGAUUGGACAAAAGUAAUCAGGAUUGAUGACUUCACCCAAGAAGGAUCUGCUGCAGAAAGGAGCCUCUCCUGGGCUGAAUUACAGGUAAGUUUAAUUGCAAACUUAAUUUUUUUCUUUAAUUUAAAAACAGGGAAGGGCCAAUAAUCUAAGUUAAGAGGGUCAACUCAAAUAUUAGAAAGCUACACACCAUAACCACGGAUGCUUACUGUAGUGAAUAUGGCGCAAGGAAUCUUUGCGUGCAGUCCCUUAGGACAGAGAUGGUUCGCUGAGAUCGUUGGGCAAAGCCGCCCACCGUGCUCAAAACCAAUCAUUGCUAUCUAAGUUUGGACUAAAUGCAUGGAAAGAGGAGAUUGUACACUGGAUUAUUUCUUUCUUUUUUUUUAUUUUUUUUUUUUUAUAACUUUACCCUUUUUACACAGUGGUCUAUGUCAUCUUUACAUCAAAAUACAAAAAAACACAGUAUCACAAUUCGUAUUCUGUAAUAUCUUAUUCAUUCUCAUGUCCGUACAGUGUUGUUGGAUGUGUGUGUGUUACUGUUGCCAGUGGAGUAUAAUACCAUGAAAUUGAUUCUAGACCCACAAUACUAUAAAUAUAGCCGCAGCAGGUAUAUAGAAGUUCACUCCAGCUGAUAACUUGAAGCAUUGCCCCUCAUUUGCAUAUUUUUCUGGAACAUAUAAAAUAUGUGUUGGUCUGUUUAGAUAAUUCCUGCCGUUGCAUGCAGACUUUUUCCUCCCAUUCUCUCACAGUUUAGAUAGUGAUCUGUCCCAAUUUCAAACUGUUUGAGCUGAGUCAGCGUGUUGUCUAAAACACGCUAUCUCUUAUUUCGGUGGCAGUGUGAGCUGACCACAAGCUGGUGAGAUGCAGCAGUGAUAGACCCCGGCCACAGCAUCUCCACUUCGAUCCACAAAGCACACUGUGAGUUUUUGCCACACACCCUGCAGAAUGCUAACUGCAUAGAAUGCAACUGAAAUUAAGGGGUUAAUACAUAAGAGAAGGGAGUCACUCUAUAACAGAAAUUUACAAGGUUAUUUACUUAAGUGAUAAUUAAAAGUAAUUUUUAAGUUUUUUGCCAUAAAAUUUUUAAUUCUCACUUUGUAAAUAAGCCUGCUAAUCUAAAGGGAUGGACCUACGUGAUCAGUCUAGCUGGUGAACAGGAACCUUUAAUAUCAAGGGGUUUACUUAGAAAAUCUACUUGUGGUGGGUUAGUGGCAGGAAAGACGUUUAAAACAGAACCCGAGAAAGUAACAGUAAUGAUAAAGGGUGUCAUCUUUGCUCAGAAAUGCUUUAGUACUCCCAAAAGCUUGUCAUUACAAAAUUCUGUUAGUCCAAUAAAAAUGGUAUUACAAGAUACAAAUUCCAUCUGUUAUUUUACAUCUAUAUAGUGUGGGUGUAUAUAUAAACAAUUGGCACCAGUUAUCCUUGAAAGGUAAGAUGGUAUUAGAUGGCGUGAUAGAUACAGAGUACCAAAAGACAAAAUUUGUCACUUAUAGCUGCUAGUAAUAGCAUUGUGCUUCGUACUGCUUGCACCAGGCUGUACAUUGCUGCGUUAUAUGCUAGAGACAUACUCCUCAAGAUAACUGGUAAUAUCUUGUCAGAAUAUAUACACCCUUAAUGACAAGGCGAAUCCUCUUCUAUCACAACAUACCUGAACGUUGGUUAUUGAGGGCUGAAGUAGUUUGUGAAUAUAUACAUACAUAUAUAAAACACAUCAUGUAUAUUUGCUUUCUUAUUUAAAUGACAGGUUAAUGGAUAAAAAAGCAUGGCCUGGCAUUGCAGUGGUUAAAGACCCAGCGUCCAUUAUAAGAAGGUUUUUUGUUGGGGCAAUGUGUGGCAGUUGCUGUGUGGGCCUGUUUAUGGGUCGCCGGUCUCGUUGGCAGUGAAGGGGUGAGGGGUUGUUUAUAAAUGGUGACUGGGAGCCGCCGGCUGCUGCUGUCAGUUACAACGUGUGCGAAUGCUUGAUAAGACCAGUCGGCCACUGAGCUCUGCUCAAGGUGGAAACUUUCUCAUCCUUAUUACCAAUACAUAGUCCCAGGAUGUGAGCAGACUUUGUACAUGGAUUGUGUAUAAAUUGUAUGAUGUGUUUCAGCCUGUUACUGAGUGAUCUUAUCAGCAGUUUUUUUUCUGGGGGGAGAUAUUGUUUAAAAUCACCUAGAUAUUAUCAUCUAGUGGUAUAAUGGGGCACCCUGGCCUCAGGAGCUUACCAUCUAGUGGUAUACUGGAUGAGCCUGUCUCCAGGGGUUCACUAUUCUUACUAUACUGGACGACUCUGACUUUAGGAACCUUACCUUCUUUUGGUUUACUUGGAGACCCUGUACCUAGGAGCUUGCCAUCUAGUGGUGUACUGGGACACACUGGACCUUUCCAGUCAAUGAAUGCAAUCCAAAUAUGGAUGGAAUUUAUAUUUCUAAUGCAGAAGUAUGCAAAGCAGAACUGAGAGACAGCAUCAGAGGCAAGAUGGACCUAGGAGCUUGUCAUCUAGUGGUGUACUGGGACGCACUGGACCUAUGAGCUUGCCAUCUUGUGGUCUACUGGGAGACCCUGGACCUAGGAGCUUGCCAUCUAAUGGUGUACUGGGAGAGCCUGGAACUAGGAGCUUGCCAUCUAGUGGUGUACUGGGAGAGCCUGGAACUAGGAGCUUGCCAUCUAGUGGUGUACUGAGAAAGCCUGGACCUAGGAGCUUGCCAUCUAGUGGUGUACUGAGAGAGCCUGGACCUAGGAGAUUACCAUUUAGUGGUGUACUGGGACACACUGGACCUAGGAGAUUACCAUCUAGUGGUGUACUGGGACACAUUGGACCUAGGAGAUUACCAUCUAGUGGUGUACUGGGACACACUGGACCUAGGAGAUUACCAUCUAGUGGUGUACUGGGACACACUGGACCUAGGAGAUUACCAUCUAGUGGUGUACUGGGACACACUGGACCUAGGAGCUUGCCAUCUAGUGGUGUACUGGGACACACCGGACCUAGGAGCUUGCCAUCUAGUGGUGUACUGAGAGACCCCAGACGUAGGAGCUUGCCAUCUAGUGGUGUACUGGGACACACUGGACCUAAGAGCUUGCCAUCUAGUAGUGCACUGGGAGACCCUGGAUUUAGGAGCUUGCCACUUUGUGGUGUACUGGGAGAGAUUGAUUAUAGGAAUUUACCACCUAGUAGUAUACCAGGAGACCAUGACCCCAGGAGCUUACCACUUAAAGGUGGAAUAAAAAGCUUGAUUUAAGGAGCGCCCCUAGUGUGCCCAUAGCAUAUCCCUUCACUUAGCAUAUUGCUAUAUGUAGUAGCAAUAUCAAUUCUAUACAGGAGUGGUUAACACUCACUGGCAAAGUGCAUCCACUGACAUUUCCAGUCAAUGAAUGCUAUCCAAAUAUGGAUGGAAUUUAUAUUUCUAAUGCAGAAGUAUGCAAAGCAGAACUGAGAGACAGCACCAGAGGCAAGAUCUCCGCUGGGGACUUUGGAUGACCAGAACUGAGUUAUAGGGAUACUCUAUGCACCAAAACAAUUUUCAAUGAACAAUUAAGCCGUUUUGGUAUAUAGAUCAUACCCCUGCAGUGAAUUCUCUGCCAUUUAGGAGUUAAUUCACUUUUGUUUCUGUUUAUACACCCCCGGCCCCACCUCUCCAACUGUGAUUCACACAGCCUUCAUGAAAAAACUAUUUACUUUUAAGAUGUGACAGCAUAGUAUGUUUACUUUAGAAGUUUUUAUCUCUUGCUAUGUUUCAUUGCACUUUAAUCACUCACAGGAGCCUCCUGCAGGCCAUUAACAGAGCAAUCGAUACAACAUUUUAAAUUAAACAGACUGCAAUAAAGGAAGUUUAAACAUUGUAUCUCUCUUAACAGGAAAUGUGUAGAGAGACUGUGUAGGUCACAUGCAGGGAGGUGUGGCUAGGACUACAUACCAAAGUUAUUUAAAGGAUCACUAUAUCACUACAAUACAAACCUUUUUCCUAACAGUAUGGUGUCCCUGUCCCUAACUGUAGAUACCCCACCGUCUGAUGAUAAAAGAUUAGUCCCCCCCCCCCCUUUUUUUAACGUUUCCUUUUGAGAGCGCCUAGGCUCCCUCGUUGAUGACUAGGUCUCCUCCUCCUGUGACAUUACAGUGAUGGGUGGACCUAAUGUGCCAAAACUGCAGUGUUUUACGUUGCAGGGUUAAACAGACAGGAACACUGCAAUGAAGUGGCCUGGGUGCUUUUAGUCUCUCUUUAACUCCCAAAUUAAUGAGAAUUGAGUACUUAGGUUUGAGGGGCAUAAUCUAUACACCAAAACUGCUUCAUUAAGCUAAAGUUGUUCUUGUGCUUAUAACGUCCCGUUAAGCCUCGAAAUAAAAAAAUAUUUCAAAUUAAAGAUUUCAUAAAAACCAGGACAUGGCAUUGCCUAGUAAUGGACAGUUCUAGAAUGGAAGGAUCAUGAAAUUCUGUAAUGGACCACUCAUUCAAGUUAAUAUUCAUCUUCUGAUGAAAAUAAAUAAACAAAAAGGAAAGGAGUAAGAGGGGUCUUUAAAUGGCACGAAACCUUAACUUAUUCUCUGAUCUCUGUGUAAAGCUUAUACAAAAUUCAAAUAGACCUCUUACACAUAAUACCAAGACAGAGACCAAAAUAAAUGUAGAUCAUGUUUAACACUACAAAUAGCAUCUUCGUAUAUGUCUGGUGUAUUUCAAUCUCAUGCCAUGCGUUACACAUAGGUCACAUUUGUGUUAUUUCCAAAGGUUUUCCUUCUAGAAGACGUUUAGAUAGUUACCUAGUAACUGAGGAUAUUUAUUUAUAAAAUAUUUUACCAGGAAAGAUACAUUGAGAUUUCUCUCGUUUUCAAGUAUGUCCUGGGUCCACAAAACAUUGCAUUGAUACAUUAGGGUACAAUAAAAUACAAAAACAAUAUUAAUACACAAUAUAUACAAAAUUUAACAUAGAACAGGUACGAAAUAUAUAAUCAAACAUGACAGGGAUCUCUUAAAGGAUUUUAGGCCUGUGGAAGAUUUUACAGUGUGCAGGCGGUCGUUCCAUAAUUACGGUGCUCUGUAGGAAAAGGAGGAUCGGGCCGAUUUCUUUUUAUUUUAAGGUAGACUAAAUAAAAUACUGGUACUGGAUCGGAGGUUAUUGGAGGUGGGAACAGCCGAGGAGAGCAUUCUGCUCAGGUAGGGUGGGAGCUUCCCAGAAAAGCUCUUAGACACAAGGAUGGAAAGAUAAAGGGUGCAUCUGGAUUCCAGCGACAGCCAGUUUAGUUAUUUUAGCAUGUCACAAUGGUGGGUCCUGUAAUUACAUUGUAGCACAAGUCGGCAGAACGAGUUAUACAAUGUAUUGAGUUUAAUAAGGGGGAUUUGCGGUGCAGGUGCAUAUACUAUAUCCCCAUAAUCAAUGAUUGGCAUCAGCAUUUGCUGUACAAUCUUUUCCUUUACUGUAGGGCUUAGGCAGGAUUUGUUUCUGUACAGGGCACCUAGUUUUAGAUAAAGUUUAGAUGCAAGUUUUUCUAUGUGGAGACCAAAAGAUAGAUUGGGGUCUAACAACAUACCCAAGUAUUUGAAAGAGUGGACUGCGGUCAGUGUGCUAUUUGAAUUUGUUUUGAUGGAUAGGUGGGAAUUGUGUAAUUUAGGUACUGUUCCAAAGAUCAUUGUGACAGUUUUGUCACUGUUCAGGAAGAGUUUGUUUUUUGCGAACCACUUUUCUACAUCUAUAAACUGGUCUUGGAGCACAGCCUCAAGCUGCGGUAGAUCAGAUUUUCUCGCAUAGAUUACUGUGUCGUCUGCGUACAUGUGUACAUCUAAGGAUUUGCAGACAUUAGGCAGAUCAUUUAUAAAUAAUGUAAAUAGUAGGGGGCCGAGAAUGGAACCCUGGGGAACACCACAUGUGACUGGGAGAGGGAGGGAAUCGCUGUCAGAAAUGGACACAUAUUGCGAGCGAUCCGAUACAUACGAUCGAAACCAGGUUAGCGAACGAUCACCAAUACCUGAGUUUUUGAGUUUGUGCAGUAGAAUGUCGUGGUCUACUGUGUCAAAGGCCUUUGCAAAAUCAAGGAAAAUAGCUCCAGUUAGGUCUCCUUGUUCCAUGCCAGUUAGGAGGGCAGUUGUAGUGGAGUGAUUCGGGCGAAAAACCCGAUUGAUUGGGGGUCAGAUAGUUAGAUUGUUGGUAAUACUCACAUAGUUGCGUAUGCACACGUGUUUGACAAUACCCUUCUUACUCCUGUUCUCAACCUUCUAUAUUGCUUAUUGUCUCAAACAAUUCCAAAGCCGUCCUUAUUUACAGCUAUGCAUAAUUCCAUUCCAUUUAAGGUGUAGAAUGCUUGUUUGUUUCUCAUCCCAAAAUGCAUAACCUUAUAUUUUUGUGUGUAUUUGUGUCUUGACUAGCACUUGAUGCCAGUUAUAGGACCAGUUAGAAACAGAUUAAAGAGAAGUGGACCCAAGACAGGGCUCUGAUGAACUUGCCACAUUUUAUUUUUUACCAACAUGGACAUUAUACACAACUACGCUGUGCACUCUUUAUUUAAGCUAAUAUUCACACCAAAAACAAAAGUUUUCAUCUAAAAAUGUGCUUUAAAAAAAAAUAAAAAAUACAGCUAAAACGUACCUGAGGUCCAGAACCAGGGCCACAUACAGAUUGCAGGCACCAUGGACACGUCAAAUCAACAAAGUGGUCGUGGUGCCUGCAUUAACCCUUUAAGCUCACUGAUCUGUUCUUUCCAGGGUAAGAUUUAGAUUGAAUUUAUUUUUUAACCCCUUAAGGACACAACUUCUGAAAUAAAAGGGAAUAUUUCCGUCAUGUGUCCUUAAGGGGUUAAAUAUGGGUAACACAUGUGAAUUUCUUCAAUACAUUGGUACAAUCCCUGAAAGAAAGGUCACCUGGAAUUUCUGAAGUCAGACACUUUUAGAAUAUCUACUUAUUGUUUUGUAUAUGAAAAAUUAACUACAAGAAUACACGAGCGUUGACGUCACUUAUUUAAGAUAUAGGUAUUUAACAGUAAAGAAUAAUUAUGCACUACUUAGUUGUUAAGAUGACUGCUCCUAAUGGCAGUAGGUUUUUAAUACAUAUUGAUUAGUUGAUUGUUUUUUUAAAUGGUGAGAAACUGUGUUUGUUGUACAAAACUGCAAGGUAAAUGAUUUGAGAAUAAGACAGAUGCUCUGUUAGCCAGAUUUAGAAUUCUGGUUAAGAUUUUUUGGGGGUUGCUAAUCAGUGGAACUGAUUUGUUGCGUACCUCCUCAAUAAAGACUUAUGAAUAACUUGUUGGCACGGCAUCUGUUAUAGUGACUUGUUGAAUCCAUUACUGACCAUAUAUUUUGCUGUUUGAGGUCAAAGUCAUUAAUUAGUUGCAUUCUGUGUUUAAUCUUCUCCACCAGCGGCUCCAAACAGCUCCCACCACCAUGUCUUCUUACCAGAAGGAGCUGGAGAAGUACCGAGACAUAGAUGAAGAUGCGAUCAUGCGGGGCAUGUCAGCAGAAGAGUUGGCCCAACUGGAUUUGGAGCUGCAAGAAAUGGACCCAGAGGUACAGUGAGUCCUACUUGCCAUGCAAACCCGGUUUCUUGAAGUAAGGUUGGAUCUGUAAAAACCAUAUGAAAUAUAGGGAUCAGCUAACGAACUAAUCAUAGGGCAAGCUUUUAUGUCCGUUAUAUAUGUUUUCAUGCAUUCAAUGUUAUAUUCUAUGUUUGGCUCAUUUGCAUUCUGGUAGAGGGUUACUCCAACCAAAAACAAGUGUUUUCAUAAAACAUGCUUUGGUUAGAGUAACCUUUGCUGUGCUGAUACUCCCCCCACCCCCAAACUUGAAGAAAAAAAAGAGAAAACUUGCCUCCGUUUCAGCACCAAGUCCAAGUGUUCCCUGCAGCCUGAUCUUUCUUUUCAGGUGUCAUUUCCCACUCGCCUGAAGGGAACGUACACCACAAUGGGUGGGCUGAGGGAAGGACAUGGGUCCUUGCCGUCUUUGGCUGUCUAGUGUCCGCAUUCUCUGUUGGAGUCAGAUGACAAAUUUGCACAGAAAUCACAUUAGCCAGCCUGGCACUCUUGUUUUGGGCUGGCUAAUGAUGCCCCGAUGAUGUGGCCAGGGGUGGAGUUACAUCUUCUGUCCUGGGGUGGUUAAACUUUGUAUGUGCAGCAUUUCUUAGCGAAACACUGCACGUACAGACUCCAAGGACUAUGACCACUUAAAAUUACUGAAGUGAUCAUUGUUCUUGGAGUAACCAAACCUGUAUUCCUAAGGUUAUAGUGCCCCUGUACAUAAAAUAAAUGGAAAAGGGUUUAUUAAUUACCUUUUCCUAGUACAGCGAAUUCUUCAGUGCGGCUGGCCUCUAUGCCUCACGUAACGUCAUCAAUGAGGUAUGGUUUCCUUCAGCGAUAGACCAAGCCACAGGCGCACGCACAUCCACUGCUUCACAUAGGAAAGCAUUGAAUUAAUUGUUUUACUAUGUGUUGCUAAAACGCCCCUAGUGGCUGUCCGUAUGACAGCCAAUGCAAGGGUUAAACAGCCACUUCAAGAUAAAUGUUGCCCUUUCUGAAAAACAGCUAUGUUCUACCUUGAAAGGUUAAACAUACAGGACCAAUGGACCCAGACCACGUUGUUCAGAUAAAGUGUUGUGGUGACUUUAGUGGUCCUAAGUCUAACGGUAACCCAGACAUAGACUAUGGACUCACUGUGUCCAGUGUCAGCCUCACCUCCAUGAUAAGGCUUAUAAGAAGCCAAAACAGUAAUCUGGAGAUGCUGUAUCUCUCACUCAGAGGGAGCUGUCUAGCAGUUCAUUACAGGACCAACCUUGUAGAUGGUAUCAGUCUGAUUUACUAAUAGAGCAGGUUCUAUAAGUAAUGGAGUUUAAACAUGCUUGAUACCUGCUCAUUGGGAACGAACGAAAGCUAUUGCCAAUUACCUCACUUUUGAUAUAAACAGUGGUUACCCAAAAAGCAUGUUCUGUGUGCUGAUCUCCAUUAUUGUAGUUUGAGUGUAUGUAGGCAAUUGCAGCAUCACCACUAUUUAGAAAUACAUGUUCUGGGUUUGCUUCCAAUAUCCCUAUUGUUGUCUUCACAUAAUCCGACUGACCUGAUGAUCUUAUUUGUGUUUCAUCGCAGAACAUUCUCCUCCCAGCCGGCAUGCGUCAGAGAGACCAAACCAAAAAAACACCCACAGGCCCUCUAGACCGGGACGCCCUCAUGCAACACCUGGAGAAGGAGGCACUGGAGGCCAAGGAAAGGGAAGACCUCAUACCUUUUACUGGAGAGAAGAAAGGUGAUCAGAGCUUUUAAUUUUAUAGGGUUCAUUAAAACGUUCAUCAUAUGGACAUUCAUUAACAUCUGGAAAGUUUGUGACCGAGGCCUUUUUGCCAUGCGUUCAUUCUACCAUAAUGUCACAUUUUCUGUUUACGUACACCCAUACAUAUUAUAUAUCGUUUUUAAAGGAGAACCAUGGCUUUCUUUCGAUAACCUAUUUAAGGAGUAGCCAACCUUUAGGGCUCCAAAUGUUGUGGACUAUAUCUCUAGUCUUUUAUACAGAGACCCCUAGCAUGGGUUCUUCAACAAAAGGAUAGCUAAUCCCACCCUGGCUUCUUUGUGUCUGUGGAGAGGGCUGCAACCUCUUUCUCUUGAUCUAAUUAUCCAGGCACAGAGAAGCCCAACAUAAAAUAUCCCCCCAAAUCACAAUAUAACAUCCCCGAAGCCCCCAUACAUUAUACAUUUCUGGACAGACUUUGUUGGAGUGCUCAACCUGUGGAAUGUGCACUGUGAUGUGGUCAGCUAACAGGAGCUCCUGUGGGCUGGCAAAUGUGGGCUUCCCCUUGCUCUCAUGUAGCGAUUGUACAGAGAUGUCCCCUGUACCUCCUUUACAAAUCGAGCUCUUCUGCCUUUCUGGUAAGGGAUUGAAAACAGCAGGUAAACUUGAUCAGAACGCAGUGGUGAUUGCGGCUGAGUCGGAGUUCCAUAGAUUUAUGACCAAGUUCCCGUCGUUGGCAAUGCAGUAACUCGGGCCUGCAGACAUUCCCGGACAAGAGGGAGAAGGGCGCUCUACUGAGCUAAAAGGAGGGGAAGCUAGGGAGAGCCAAGGGAAGUGAAGUAGCCUUUUGGUGAGGUUUUUAGAUGAACUUAGUGGUACACAGCCACAAUAAAUAUCACAACAUAAAGAAGAAAAACACUUUCCCCCACAGAUUUGCACUUAAAGGGACACUAUAGUCACCUGAACAACUUAAGCUUAAUGAAGCAGUUUUGGUGUAUAGAACAUGCCCCUGCAGCCUCACUGCUCAAUUCUCUGCAAUUUAGGAGUUAAAUCCCUUUGUUUAUGAACCCUAGUCACACCUCCCUGCAUGUGACUUGCACAGCCUUCCAUAAACACUUCCUGUAAAGAGAACCCUAUUUAGGCUUUCUUUAUUGCAAGUUCUGUUUAAUUAAGAUUUUCUUAUCCCCUGCUAUGUUAAUAGCUUGCUAGACCCUGCAAGAGCCUCCUGUAUGUGAUUAAAGUUCAAUUUAGAGAUCAAGAUACAAUUAUUUAAGGUAAAUUACAUCUGUUUGAAAGUGAAACCAGUUUUUUUUUUUUCAUACAGGCUCUGUCAAUCAUAGCCAGGGGAGGUGUGGCUAGGGCUGCAUAAACAGAAACAAAGUGAUUUAACUCCUAAAUGACAGUGAAUUGAGCAGUGAAAUUGCAGGGGAAUGAUCUAUACACUAAAACUGCUUCAUUUAGCUAAAGUAAUUUAGGUGACCAUAGUGUUCCUUUAAUUAUUUCUACAUGGCUUUCUUUUGAUACAUUAUAUGUAUACAGCAUUAAGUACGAAAAAAAUAUUAAAAAAAAGGAAAACGAAAAACUAAAGGAUUUUUCUCAAUUCUGCUCAUUAUAAUCACUCCACACAUGUACAACUAACUAACAUAGAUUUAUUUAUUAGUCCUGGUUGCUAGCAAGGAGUGAAUCAAACUUUUUUUUUUUUUUGCGGAGACUACAACUUUAAAGGAACACUAUAGUGGCAGUAUUAUGGUAUUCCUGUCCAGAGGCGGCUCUCUAAUUAGGCGAUUUAGGCGGCCAUCUAAAUCGCCAUAGGACUGAAGUGUCCGGUCCUCGGUCUUUAUGCCGCCAGGUGUGAGUCCCCUCUGUCCAGUCUGCCCAAGAGAGUGUUCAGUACAGUCUUCAGUCUGCAGCUCUGCCGGGUGCACAGCUUCAGUCUGUCAUCCUCCCUCCACAGUCUGUCACCCCCUCCACAGUACACCCCCUCCACAGUAUAUCCACAGUCUGUUACCCCCCUCCACAGUCUGUUACCCAGUCUGUUAACACACACUGUCACCCCCCCACACACACACACUGUCACCCCCUUCACAUUCUGUCACCUCUGCACUCUUUCCUCCUCCACACUCUGUCAUCCCCCCCACACACACUCUCACCCCCUCUACACACAGUCACUCACCCUCCACACACACCGUUUCACCCCCGUCACACAUACUCUCAUCCCCUCCAUACACUGUCACCACCCUCCGCACACCCUGCCACACUUACAUUAACUCCUCCUGAUCCUGUGACACUACCAUCUCCAACCAUCCCGCACUCGCCUCCCCUCACUCUGCCACACUCAUCCUAUCACAUUAACACUCUAAUUCUGUCACACUCACCUUUUCUUGUCCUGUCACAUUCACUUCACCAACUGUGCCACAUUUACCCCCAACCCUGUCACAUUAACGCCUCUAAUCCUGUCACACUCGCCCUCCUCACUCUGUCACACUCACCUGGUCAAUUAACCCACCUUAAUUCUGUCACAUUCACCUUUCCUUGCCCUGUCACACUUACCUCUCCUCACCCAGUAACACUCCCUCCGCCAACCAUUUCACUCUUAACCCCCAACCCUGUCUCAUUCACUCCCUCGCCAUGUCACACUCUCCCUGCCAAAGUUACCCCUUUACUCACUCUGUUACAGUCAUCAUACAUACACAGUUAUGAAACAUAGUUUCGCCAUAAACACAGUGCACAAAGGCCACAGGCAGCCCCCCCAUAUACACAAAACACCGCAAGCAGCUACCACACACACACAUAUGGUCCCAGACACAAACCUACACAUGCUCACAGAAACAUACAUUCACAUACUAGGACACUUACUGUCAGACACACACUUUCGGGCAUAUACUCAGGUAGACAAUGCCCAACACACUCAGCAAUACACAAAGCCAGAUAAAUACAUGUUGUGACUGUAUGUCUAUAUUAGUCAGUAUUUCUGUUUCUGUGCAUGUGUGUGCAUGCAUGUGCAUGUAUCGGUGUGUAUAUGUAUUUGUGUAUUAGUGUUUAUAUGUGUGCAAGUAUUAGUGUGUGUCUGUCUGCAAUGUGAAGGUGGUAUGAUAUGGGCAAUGCAAAGAUAAAGUUGCAAGCAACAUACAUAUAUUAUAUACAAUACAUGGGAAAACACAUAUAUGAUAAUAUACAUGUAAAGGAUUAUAGAAUAUGUGGGGGAAAUGUCUAUGAAACCGUUUUCUUAUCUGUAACUUUAUUAUUUGGGAAAUGAUUUUUUAAAGCCCAACCAAAAUUUUCAUUUUUGUUUUAAAUAACCAGUUCACACAGGCACUUAAGUGUACACGAUGCAAACAUACCUCGCAAUCGUGUAUAAACGAUUAGCAUAAUUGCAAAUUGCAUUUGUUUAUUGCAAAUUAUGCCAUAACUACAGUCAGAGAGCUCACAACAUAGUGGCACAGGGAGCCGCUACACUGCAAGCCUAGCUCUCUGUAUCCAGCACUGCAAGCACGCCAUUUAAUAUAACUACAGCACCUUAUACACACAAUGCAACCCCUAUACAUUUUCUUCACUAAUGGUAUUCGUAGCGGCCCCAUGUUUGAGUUUCGCCUCAGGCCUUGCAAAGUCUAGAGCCGCCACUGUUCCUGUCACUAAAGUUAUGAAAAUAAAGUUUAGGUUUUAGUGAAACUUUAUUUACUCACAUUUCUUGUCAGGGCUAGGCCCGCCCACGCUUCGCCCCAUUGGCUGAGAUCGUCAAACUUUAUGAUCUCAACCAAUCCAAAGCUUUCUAAUAAGAAAGCAUUGGGAGGCUAUUGCAUGUGUAGCAAAACUCUGCACUGCACCAAUCAGCAUCUCCUCAUAAAUCAGUGCAUAUCUAUGAAUAAUGUUCAGCGCCUCAAUGCAGCACUGACCCAGGAAGCACCUCUAGUGGCUAUCUGAGUUUUCUCUGAAAAGGCAGUGUUUACAUGGAAAAGCCUACAGGGACAAGCUAUGGACACCAUAACAACUAAGUUAAGCUGUAGUGACUAUAGUGUCCCUUUAAAGGUAGUCACAGAAUACAAAACAACAAAAGUAUAUAUUCAUAGAAAGUAGGUGCUCUGGGGUAUUUAACUAACAUAAUUUUAACACUUUUCCUUUAACUAUUUUAUCAUCAACAUCGGUCAAUUCUGCUGGUUAUAUUUAAAGGGACACUAUAGGCAUCAAAACAACUUUCACUAAUUAUUAGGGUAUAGGAUAAUAUAUUUCUCUUGGGAUUAAAGCAUAGGACAGUGUGCGUGUCAAUGAUUAGUGUAUAGGACAUUAUAUUUCUCUUGGGAUUAAAGUAUAGGACAGUGUGCGUGUCAAUGAUUAGUGUAUAGGACAUUAGAUUUCUCUUGGGAUUAAACUAUAGGGCAGGGUGUGACACCAAGGAUUAAGUUAAAUGGCCCUGUAUACUGUCAGGGAUACUGUACAACUGAUGUUUAGAGUAUGAGGUGGGAUAGUGAAGCAGGCUGUGAAUAUUAUGCUAAAACCGGUGGUGAUUAUGUAAUCUUGUCUCAACACAGGAAAGCCCUUCAUCCCGAAGCAGGCAAAACGUGAGAUCCCAAAAGAAGAACAGAUUACGCUAGAGCCAGAGCUGGAGGAAGCGCUCGCAAAUGCCACGGAUGCGGAAAUGUGCGACAUUGCAGGUACUAGAUUACUGUGAAUAAACAUUUACAGUGUGCGUAGUAAACCAUGUACACAGCAACUUAAAGGAACAUCCUAAGCUUAAAAAUAAAAAUAUUAAUUGCCCCUUGCUUUGUUUCGAUUAUUGUGGCUCUCCCAUGAUUUAAAACUUGCAUGUAAUGCAGCACUAUCACAGUCUCCGCAGUAUAGUCACUUCACCUCCCAUGAACUUAUCAGCUGAUGACUUUUAUCUAAUCUUUCUCUUAGAGAAGCAUGGAAGACAUAGGGCACCUUUACUGCUAUUGACGCUGUAUGCCAAUCCAAUGCUUUUUACAGAUAAGCUCUGAAUCCUGUGUUUGUCUAUGAGAAGUAUUGGAUGUGUUUGACAUCGAAAAUCGAAAUGUUUACAAUGAGGAUGGGGCCAUCAGUCAGCAUAGCUUAGGAAGAAUGUAAACAUUGCCAUUACUCAGAAACAUCAACGUAUUACAUUGCCAGACAAAACAGCCGCUAUGGAUCAAAACCACUUAAUUGAGAUAAAGUGGUUUUGGUACUUAGAGUGUCCCUUUAAAGUGUCUUAUAUGUAUUAUCCACAUCACCUCAGAGUAUGUGUUUUGCAGCUGUUCACGAGGCCUGGCACCUCUUUCUUCAUCCUGUACUGUAUCACCUCUCUCUUUAUCCCGUACUGUAUAGUGACCGGGCCUAGCACCUCUCUCUUUAUCCCGUACUGUAUAGUGUCCGAGCCUAGCACCUCUCUCUUUAUCCUGUACUGUAUCGUGACCGGGCCUAGCACCUCUCUCUUUAUCCUGUACUGUAUAGUGACCGAACCUAGUACCUCUCUCUUUAUCAUGUACUGUAUCGUGACCGGGCCUAGCACCUCUCUUUAGCCUGUACUGUAUAGUGACCGAGCCUAGUAGCUCUCUCUUUAUCCCGUACUGUAUAGUGACCGGGCCUAGCACCUCUCUCUUCAUCCCGUACUGUAUAGUGACCGGGCCUAGCACCUCUCUCUUUAUCCCGUACUGUAUAGUGACCGAGCCUAGCACCUCUCUCUUCAUCCCGUACUGUAUAGUGACCGGGCCUAGCACCUCUCUCUUUAUCCCGUACUGUAUCGUGACCGGGCCUAGCACCUCUCUCUUUAUCCUGUACUGUAUAGUGACCGAGCCUAGCACCUCUCUCUUUAUCCCGUACUGUAUCGUGACCGGGCCUUGCACCUCUCUCUUUAUCCUGUACUGUAUAGUGACCAAGCCUAGUACCUCUCUCUUUAUCCUGGACUGUAUAGUGACUGGGCCUAGCACCUCUCUUUAUCCCAUACUGUAUAGUGACCGAGCCUAGCACCUCUCUCUUUAUCCCGUACUGUAUAAUGACCGGGCCUAGCACCUCUCUUUAUCCUGUACUGUAUAGUGACCGGGCCUAGCACCUCUCUCUUUAUCCUGUACUGGAUAGUGACUGGGCCUAGCACCUCUCUUUAUCCUGUACUGUAUAGUGACCGGGCCUAGCACCUCUCUCUUUUUUUUGUCAAUCAAAUUUUUAUUGAGAUAUAUCAAAGUGUUACAUGCAUAGACAUAGUACAAUAUUUAAAGAAAGUAUUGUGCAUUAAGGCAGUUUCAUUGUACACAUUAAAACGUAGCUUGUUGAUACUUGUUCAGGUUAAUCUUUUUAGCUACGUCUCAUCUCUUAUACUAGGUGGUAUAGUGAGUAGUAUAUGUUUUCCAUGCCUAAGUAAAUCAUCGGUUAGAUCGGGUGUCAAGUGUGUUUUCCCGAUGAGAGUAGGAACCCCUGCGAAAAAAUUGGAGUUGUGAGCCUCUGGGAUUGGUGAGACCUGGAUGCCCCUGUGUGUUGGGAUGACAGGGCAUCCGAUUUAAGGUUAAUGUAUGUAACUGUGUGCUACCCAACUUUCCUCUCCUCUCCCCUCCCCCCAACACCCUCCUCUACAGUCGUUAUUGUCAAAGCCGUACUGAAGGAAUUGUACGAUUGAGUAACUAUGUGCGGUGGGCUUUUCGUCUCUGUCUUCCGUUGCCUCGUGGGUUCUACGCUGUAAUUGUAGAGUGGGUUAAAGCCUCUGUGGUUAACCGUGGAGCGGGUUGUGCGUGUUUGAGAGCCCACCAUUUCUACAUCUAGGCCCCCACUGUGAGUAUCCCUCCCUUGUCUGUUUGGUAUCCUGUGGGACCCCGUAGGAUGGCGUGUGAGUCUUUCAUGGGCUGUGUGUACUCCUUCGUUGGCCCUGGCCCCGUUUCCCACCACCCUUUGGCUUAGUACCCAUUGUGUUGUAGCUCCUUGCGGUGCGAAUGACGGAGGUUGUACAGUCACUGGUUCCCCGUCUCAGUGCUAGGCGUUGGAGUUUGUUGUGCCAGUGGUGUCAGGUGUUGUGUAGGGCUGGGGUGGUCCCUGGUUUGUGUGCAACACUUUGUUUCUGGGCAGGGGAGACCUGAGUUUCUCUGAGUUAACACCCUGGGUCUUAUGCCUUGUCCGUCUGUAGUCCUGAGAGGGAGUUCCGCUUUCUUGGUUUAAGGUGUGUCAGUGUUAUGUCCGUCAGCGGUCUAGGUGGGUGGGGUCAGGGAUUAUUGUGUGUGCAGGGAAUUGUCCUCUUGUGCAUGUGUAUCCAGUCUGUGUUAGACCUCCGCCCCUGUCCGCCCCAGGGCACAUGCAGCCCCUCCACCCCCGCGCGGGCCCACCGCCGCAGCUCUCUUGGCCACAUAGUCCGCCCAUGGGUACCAGGUCAGCGCACACUUUUCCGCGCGUCCCUGCAAGGAGGCCGUCAUCUUUUCCAUGUUGUAGAUAUCUUCCACCCUAGCGAUCCAUUGCUCUAGAGAGGGUACUAUUGUGGUUUUCCUGGUGUACUAGUGUGUGGGGAUAAGUGUCUUAGCCGCCGUGAGCAGGUGUAUGGUGAGCCCUUUUUUGUAUGCUUUAAAUGGUGUGUGCGUAUGAUUGAGCAGCAUCGUCAGGGGUUGUAGCGGGAGUUCGGUGCCUGUGAUUUCCUCUAUUGUGCGGUUCAUCGUUCGCCAGUAUGGGACUAUAAGAGGGCAUGUCCACCAGAUGUGAUAGGCUGUACCUCUUUCGGUUCCGCAUCUCCAGCAGUCACCAGGAAUCUCGUCAUGGAUAUGUCGUAAGAUGUCCGGGGUCCUAUACCAGUGCGUCAGGAUUUUAUAAUUGCAUUCCUGGUAUUUUGAGCUUAUAGUUCCCUUGUGCGUCAGUUGGAAGAUUUUAUUCCAAUCUGUGUCCGUGAGCUCAGUCCCCGUUUCCCUUUCCCACCGCCUCGUGAAGCCCAAAGUGUCCUUAUCUCCACUAUUCGUUAGUGCGGUAUACAUAGUUGAUAUACGCCGUGUGAGAGGUGUUGCCUGGUCGUGCAUAAUUGUUCCAUGUACAGGAGGAGGCGGUGGACGUGAUCCUUCCCCUUGAUAGCGUUGUAGUAAGUUUUGAGCUGGUGGUAGUGGAAUUCAUCCAGUCUGGUUGGUCUGCGAUCCUGCAUCAGGUCUGUCAAGGGUUUAAGGUUCCGGCCGCUGCACCACUGGUGUAGGUAAACCCAAUCAGUCGCCUGGAAGUUUUUUAGAGCAGCUGGAUUUAGUCCGCCGGCUAGCUUAGGGUUGUUGGGUAUGGGUGUGAGCGGGUUGGGAGCCGUGGUGAUCUGCUUGGCUUAUCUUAUCCCGCACCAGACCCUAAGGGUGGCGUCUAUCAUUGGAUUGCCUGUGCUUAUUUCUCUGAGCGUAGCCUCUCCCAGCCACAGCAGGGCGGGGAUCUUCCCUUGUGCUUGUUGAAGCUCCAUGUCCACCCAUUGCUUAUUGUUAGGAUUGGCGUGCCAGUCUACCAGUCGAUGUAAAUGGGUCGCCUGGUAGUACAUGAGUGCGGACGGAAGUCCCAUACCUCCGUCACUCUUUGGUCGCUCCAAGAUCGUUCUCCGGACCUGGGUAGGCCUUUUGUUCCAUACAAACUGUCUAACAUUGGUCGUUAGCGUCUGGAAGAAGACUUGGGGGAUAGUGGAAGGCAGCGUCUGAAGUAAGUAUAGAAUGCGCGGCAUAAUACUCAUUUUUAUAGCGCUUAUGCGGCAAAACCACGAUAUGUACUUGCGUUUUAAGUCCUGUUGUAGCGUUACAAGGAGAGGAGCGAAAUUCAGUUGGUAGAUUGGCGAGAGAUCUUUCAGCAACCAAACGCCGAGGUAUCGGAGCUUUGUUGUGCAGAUUUUGAACGUGAAGUGUGCUUCGAAGUGCCGUGUUAGGACCGUGUCCUGUGCCACCGGCAUCGCCUCCGACAUCUCUAAGUUAAGUUUCAAGUUAGAGACUUUGCUAUAUUGUUUAAACGCCGCUAGCAGGUUCAGGGUCAAAAUUCUGGGCUGUUGCAGGAAGAAGAGCAUGUCGUCCGCGUAUGCCGCAACUUGAUGUUCCGCCCCGCCCAGGCGGGUGCCAUUGUGGAUGCUGAAUGGUUUUGUCAAAGCUCCGUUGACCCGUAUGCGUGCCGUUGGUGUCGUGUACAGUGCGGCCACCCAUGUUCGCAUGUGGGUACCGAAACCCAUGUGGCGCAGCGUCUCCGAGAGGAAGGCCCAGGCCACCCGGUCAAACGCUUUUUUGGCGUCUGUCGACAGGAGCACCACCUCCCGUUUACCGGUCUUGGCCGAGUGUAUUACAUUGAGGGCUCUGAUGGUGUUGUCCCUCUCCUCCCUCCCAGGUAUGAAACCGACUUGGUCAGGGUGUACCAGGUCGGGUAGAGCUUGGGUGAGCCGUAGCGCCAUUGCCUUAAUGAAUAUCUUCAGGUCCGCAUUCAGUAAUGAAAUUGGGGGGUAGCUGGCACAAUUCUUUACCCUCUUUUGGGAGGACAGUGAUUAUGGCCGUCAAGGUGUCCAUAGGGAAGUGGCCCCCCGUUUGGAUUGAGUUGAGGCCCGUGAAGAGUCUCGGUAAAAGGAUGUCCUUGAAUGUGCGGUGGUAUGAUAGCGGUAGCCCAUCCGGGCCUGGUGCCCGAUGUGGCUUUGAGACUUUCAUGGCACCGGCCAGUUCUUCGAUCGUCAGAGGUUGGUCAAGUUCCGCUGCCUGUUCCAGGGUGAGUUUUCUGGCCACAUGGCUUUCAAGGUAUGUCCGGACUCGGUCCCUGUGGCGCUGCUCCGCAGGACCCUCCCGAGCUCAUGCCUGCGCAUAAAGUGCCGCGUAGUAUUCUUGGAAGGCCUCGAAGAUGCCCUCAGGUAGGCGUGUGACUUCUCCCUCCCGUGCGUGUAUUUUGUGGAUGUGUUGUGAGCACCUCUCUCUUUACCCUGUACUGUAUAGUAACCGGGCCUUGCACCUCUCUCUUCAUCCUUUACUGUAUAGUGACCUGGCCUAGCACAUCUCUCUUCAUCCUGUACUGUAUAGUGACCUGGCCUAGCACCUCUCUUUUUAUCCUGUACUGUAUAGUACAGGAGGACUUCUCUCUUUAUCCUGUACUGUAUAGUGACUGGGCCUGGCACUCUUUCUUCAUCCUGUACUGUAUAGUGACCACACAUGGCACCUCUCUCUGUAUCGCUUGCCUUCCCAAACCGUACCGUGUGUAGGGUCUCUGUUAGAAAUGUUGCUUGUGAUCAACCAGUAAUGCACACUGAUCAAGGCGUAGAACAACUGAUAACGACAUUCCUUAGUUUUUUCUUAUUUUUACUUUGUUUAUUAAACUGUAUACAGUUAUGUAGAGUAACUUGCACUCCAUUGUCCUGACCUAUUUGCCCCCUCUGUGUGAUAUUUAGAAAGACGUCUUUAUGGCUCCGUAGAAGCUGUCACACCCUGUACCACCCUGGUAACCCCAUGCUCCGCGCUAAUGUGGGGGCUGUCUUAGUUACUAUGUGUAAAGAAGGGAGGUUAGGGGGAGAUUAAGGUUAGGGGAUGUUGAGGUAGGUUUAUUAUGGUUAGAGUAAGCUUAGGAAUGAGGGCAGCUUUGAGGUAGAGGGAUGUUAAGGUAAGGUUAGACAUGGGAUUUAGGGGACCAUAGUGUUGGGGACGAACAGUAAAGGUUGUACAUGCCUUUAAAAUGUGGUUAACAUUUCUUUCUAUGAUAAGCUUUACAGUCCGCAGCAAAUUAAAGGCUAACACCCCCUGACCAUCAGUCCGCCUUAUUCCUCAUAACCUUGAAUACCUCUCUAAUCUAAACAACCCUUACAGUUAAGUCACAAGAUACACGCUGUAGCCCAUGUUAUGCCAGCUUCCGAUACGGCUGUAUAGCAGGGCUGGUGAUGAUGCCUAAAGUUAUAAACAGCUCAUGAUUGUGAGCAGGAGGCCAGCUAGACAAUGUACAGCUACCUGACUCCUAGAGAUUCACAUGAGUUCAGAAUGUAUUUAUGAUGUAUUUCACUUUCAUCUUUCAGCCAUCUUGGGAAUGUACACAUUGAUGAGUAACAAGCAAUACUACGAUGCAAUCACAACUGGAAUCAUCAUAAACAAAGAGGGCAUCAACAGUAAGUGCAACAUGUGAGGGUCUGAGUGUGCACUCAAUGGAGUGUACGUCACUUAUAAACGGUGUGUUCUACCUGUAUUAUUUAGAACAGCUAUUCAUUACCUGCUAGGGAUGAUGGGAUUUUCUUUGUGCCACUGAGCCACGUUACAGCCACAUCAGGAAUGUGUGAACUCAUGGUGUUAUCUUUAAACCGUCUGCUGCUGAUCCAAAACCCAAAUUGAAGUAAUCCAAAUGUAAUUUACAAAAAAUGAUGGAAAAUAAUUAUUAUGGAGUUAGGUGGCAACUAGGUUUCUUGGUGGAAUCAACAAACUGGAUACAAUACAUGUUAUAGCUCUGAAAGUCCUGGUUUUUAAUGCAUCGUUAUUGGGAGCGUUCAGCGUCUUGUAUGACAUGGAGAUGCCGAAUGUCGGUCCUGUAACCAGAAAGCGCCUCUGGGAGCUGUUUAAGAUACAGCCACUAGCGGUAGCUCUAGGCAGCAAUGAAAACACUGCCUUCUCUAAGAAAAAGCAAUGUUUGCAUUAAAGGGACUACAGGAGCCGACUCUGCACCAUAACCACAGCAUUGAGGAAGGCAGCUUCCUCUGACAGUGCGGAUUGUUCUUAUGGCAAGGCGGUGUUAUCCAGCAGAAAUAUCUGUUAAUGGGGGUGAUAGAAUCCAUCAGCUGCUAGGAAUUUCAUUGGUAAAUGUUUGGUUUAUAUUUUCGCCCAAGUGAAAUGCAGGCCACGGUAUCUCCGUCUCUCAUGGGAAAGGGUUUUUAGUUUGUAAUGCAUUUAAUAGCUUUAGCUUUAGUUUUUAAACCGAGUCAUACAGUAAGAUUCAGAGUCACUCACACACUAGUCUAGUCUCCCUUGCAGGCACCGCCCGGCAAUGUGUCUCCCAUUAAAUGAAUGCAUUAUUGAUGUAUUUGAAUGACAUUGGCCACAUGAAUGAGAAUGUCAUGGUAGACCAGGAGCAUGGGAUAUGGGUAGGCAAGGGAUGCCCUGCUGUGGCUCCCUCUGAAUAUUUGUCAUUAAUAGACAUGCCCUGUCUGUUAGAUCGCCCAGUCCUCUGUUCUCUAACCUUUGGCUCAACAUAUGUUGUGUCCUAUGUUUCCCCUGAUCCUUAGCCAGCUAUCACUGCCAUACCGGAAUCUGAAUAUGUAUGAUAUAGCUUGGUAUUAUAUAUGGCCGUUAUACCAUUUCUCUGUUUAUAAAUCCUUUCCUGUAGGUGUGGUCAAGCCAGACUCAUAUAAACCAGUGCCAGACGAACCCCCCAACCCAACCAAUGUGGAGGAAACUCUGCAGAAAAUCAAGAGUAACGCUGCCGACUUGGAGGAAGUUAAUCUGAAUAAUAUCAAGGUAAUGGCAGUAUUAAAUAUCUCCUAGUUUUAUACCGUGUGUACCUUUCAUUUUAUACAUAUAGCCUAUACAGUGUAUAUAUCUCACACCUAUGAUAUACUCUGUAUCUAUUACAGAUUAUUCCAUACAGUGUGUGUAUUAAAGCUCCACAUAUUAUAUAUCUUACUUACAGUAUCUCUGAUAUACACUGUAUCUAUUACAAAUCAUUCCAUACAGUGUAUAUUAUAUCUCCACAUAUUAUAUAUCUUACUUAGAAACAUAGAAUGUGACGGCAGAUAAGAACCAUUCGGCCCAUCUAGUCUGCCCAAUUCUUUCUAAAUACUUUCAUUAGUCCCUGGCCUUAUCUUAUAGUUAGGAUAGCCUUAUGCCUAUCCCACGCAUGCUUAAACUCCUUCACUCUGUUAACCUCUACCACUUCAGCUGGAAGGCUAUUCCAUGCAUCCACUACCCUCUCAGUAAAGUAAUACUUCCUGAUAUUAUUUUUAAACCUUUGUCCCUCUAAUUUAAGACUUACAGUUUCUCUGAUUUACACUGUAUCUAUUACAGGUCAUUCCAUACACUGUGGAGCUCCUAUCUCCCUAUAGAGUAUCACACCUUCUGCUCAUGUUAUACAGCACAUAAUAUACCUCUUCUUAAUGUUAUACAAUGUGUAUUCCAUAUUCCAUUCUGUUCUCUUACUUCUUUACAGGACAUUCCCAUUCCUACACUGAAAGAACUCUUUGAAGGUAUGAAAUCUAACAGCCACGUAAAGAAGCUCAGUUUAGUUGCCACUCGCAGCAACGACCCAGUGGCCUAUGUAAGUAUUUUUGCUGUUCUAAGUGUUUAUCUGCCAGUGGAAGGGAGGGUAUCUGAUGCCUAAAUUCCAGCUUUGGUUCCAUUGCACACAGCGUCCAGGUGUCCGUUGGGUCAGAGUAUGGCUUACUCUGCAUUAUUGCACAGAAUGCCAGGUUUAUCAUCUUGUUAUACAUUAUUAUUACUUAUUUAUAAAGCGCCAACACACCCGCAGCGCUUUACAUGGAUGUAAUUGGUACAAUACAUUGCAAAUAAUACAACAUUUGACAAACAAAUAGUUUAGGGCCAUAUGCCCAUGGGAAUUCCCAGCAUGAUAGAUCAGAGGAGUGGGAGACAGAAGGCGACUGACACUCUGUGUGGUGUGACAUAUUGUGAGUUGUAAUCUAGACAUUGUUUGACUUUGUAUCUUCAGGCCGUGGCCGAGAUGCUGAAGGAGAACAAAACAUUACAGAGUCUGAAUAUUGAGUCUAACUUUAUCUCCAGCGCUGGGAUGUUGGCUGUAAUCAAAGCCAUGAAAAGUAACUCCACACUGACUGAACUCCGAGUAGACAACCAGGUAAGGCAUCCACAGUGUCCUCACCUGUACACUCAGUAUAUACUGUCUGUCUGAGAGCUCUCCCUCCGUCCCAUCAUGGAGAUUAUGCUUUGAUAAGGAGUAUGUGCACUGCAGCAUGAAACGCGUUGGCCAUUUUAAUAUAUUUUUUUUACUUUUCUAUCUGGAGUUGGUGGAUUUUAUUUAAUGGAAACUUAUAACGGCUAUAGUGCGUCUUUUUACCUUUUUCACACUGCAAUCACUCAUGGUAUUACCCGGCCCCACAUCUCCUCUAUUUAUCACGCAGUUUCUUUUGCAUCCUUUAUACGUGUCCAAUGUCCUCCAGGGUAACAGUCUUUCUGAUCUCUAUUUUUACAGCAUCAGAACCUGGGAGACACAGUAGAAAUGGAGAUGGCCUCAAUGCUGGAGAACUGCCCCUCAAUCAUACGAUUUGGGUACCAGUUCACACGACAGGGACCAAGAGCUCGGGCUUCCACAGCCAUCACUAGGAACCUAGAAAUGUGUAAGUGUCUUUUUAUCUCUGUAAAUACCGUGAAUUGUAACAAAUAGCAUGUGUCAAGGCACAUACAGAAACAUGCAAUAGAACAGUAUAACCAUGGAUAAAUUGAAUGGCAUACAACUGAGUGCAACAUGCCAAAUGCAUAAAAAUGAAUGAACUGCAUGGAGACUUAGCAUACUCUGAGACCAAGGGUAAAGGAAAAUAAAACGGAAUCUGUAGGCAGCCUCAUGGUUGUAUAAGUGGGGACUCAAAUCCAUUGCCAAAUAACCCUUCAUAUUAUCAAGGAGCCUGGAGUCUAGUGGGGAUUUCUGCGUAAGAAUCUGUCAAUGUGCCUUUUUGUCAGACCUAGAUUGUCAUAGUGCCUGAGUUUCUCAAUAAAGGCCAGCGUUGGAGGAGGACUCCCAUGACUCCACUUGGAUGUACUUUAACCUAGCAAGGGUUGGGUAUGUGGUACUCUGAUAUGGUCGGGCUACUGCUCAAGACUGAAACCAUCUUGUAGAGGCAGAGGUGUUGCUAGUGAGGUUAGGUGACCUUUUGCUUGGGAGGGAGAUAGGCGCUCCACCCCGUGUGCUGUAUACAGAGUGCCAGACAGAAUUAAAGACAAACUGAGGUGCCUAUAUCCGCUUGGUUAAUCUGUGUGACUCUCUUUCUUGACAGGUCGUAAACAGAAGAAAGUGUAA